GCUUAAUCCGAGUACAUUCAGUUUUGGAAUCUUUCCAAAUCCAAGUUAUCUAUUGUGUCCUGCUACUCGCAAGGCAUUAGUCAUUGCUUGUGGUGUAAUAGAGGCGUUCUCCCUUCCUCCUGUCCUGAGCCAUUACAAUCUGCUCACAUUUUCUCACUUCACAUGUGUCUAGUGGAGCUGCCAGGGCGAGAGACGCUGCUUUAAACCAAUAGGAAUUUCCUGUAGGCUGCUUUAUGUCCUUGACGUGUGUUUAGUUGCUGAAAGGUAGAGUUUUGAUACAACAUCAGCACAAGAGCCAGGUCCUGCAGUACCAGAGCUAGCGCUAAGUUCAGCACCACGGACAGUUCCCUGCUGCCAGCGCUCUGUUCAGACUCUGAGAAGCAGACUGGAUGCACAUAGAACGUUCAGCAUCCAGCAUCCUUCGGCUGGAUACACUGUAUCCCACGCUGCCUCUCUGACAGAACGCACACUGCUUUACUCUGAACCUUCCUUUCUAUGCUUCUUUCAAAGCCAUUGAGCGGCAACAAUCUUUGCAAUUAGGCUUGGCGUUAUUUGGCUUGUGAUUUCCAAGGACUGAUAUGGCUUCUCCCGGCUCAGGUUUUUGGUCAUUUGGGGCAGAGGAUGGGGACAAGGACAAUGAAACAGAGAAUCCCAGCACAGGUAAGCAAAGUACGUUAUCAAAAGGGGGUCUGAUGAUAAGAAAUGGGGAGCAGGAAUUCCGUCAUCUUUUAGUGGAUAGAUACAUUGUGUGAGACACUCGGUACAGUCACUAAAUAUUACAUUUACAGAUUCGGUACAUGUAGAAUUAUUGCUUUUAUAGUUAAAUAAUAUAUUUUAAAUUACACAUUUACAAAAAGAAAAAAAACGUAUUAUUUUGUGAAGUUAGCAAUUCCAUUAUGCUGCACAUCGGUGUUCUGUGUAUUUUUAUUAUAGGUUUAAUAAUAUGAUUUAUUUUGUUAUAUUUUAUGUGUUUAAUUUAAAAAGACAUGGGAGUUGAAAUAUGUAGAUCUAUAUAGUUACACAUUUUUAAUUUUUAAAAUGUUCCACAUAAAUAUAAAUAUAUAUGGUCAGAAAUACAUUUUGUGGAUUGAAUGAUAAUUGAAUAUUUUUAUUUUAUUUAUUUUUUUGUAGUGAGAAGGUAUAUCCAGGCACACUAAAACAAUAAAUGCAAACUUUGUAAGCUCAGAAAAACCUUUCACAUCUUAAAUAUGUAAAACAAAAUUAGGGGGAAAAAACUGCAGAGAUAAGAAAAACUGUGUAUAAUACAAUAAGACAGAUAUUAUCAGAUAUUAUCUGGUUGGUUAGAAAAAAAAAAUGAAUUCCUGAAAUAUGUCUCUUUUUGUCUAUUAUCAAAUCUUUUUAUAUUGACACUGUCAUAUUUUUUUGUAACAGCUAAAGCAUGGUGUCAGGUAGCCCAAAAAUUUACAGGAGGAAUUAGCUCAAAAUUAUCAGGUGAGUGAAAAAUUGAAAAAAGAUUAAAUUUUAUUGAUUAACCAAUUUACUGUAUAUUUUCAAAUAGCCUUUUUGAUUUUCAUUUAUUAUUUUUCAAAUAUGACAUUGUUUUGUUUGUUUUUUGUUUGUUUUUUAUACAGCUCUGCUUUAUGGCGAAGCAGAAAGAUCCUCAGACACUGGAACCAAAGAGGAGAUGGAUUCAGAAAAUAAAGCAAUGUCUUCCCAUUAUGACAAGAACGCCUGCAAAUGCCAAAAAGGAGGAUGUGAUUUUUCUUCAUUGUACUCAACAGGUCCAUAUAACAUUGUUUAGAUAUGUCUGAAUAAUAUAGAUUAUAUUUAUUUUACUGAUUAAAUUGUUAGUAAAAAUAUAAUCAAUAGUGCAUUUCGUUUAGUACAAUAUUAUAUAUUUGUAUUUCAACUGUUUGACACAAAUGUUUGAGGUGUAAAGAAUACCAUUGUAAUUUUGUUUUUAUAUUGCAGUUAUUCUUUAAAUAAAUAAAUAAAAUAAAAAAUGUAAAAAAAUAAAAAAAUAUGUAUAUAUAUCAUAGUAUUUUUAUAUAUACAAAUAACACAGAUAGAUAAUAGACAGACAGAAAGAUAGAUAAUAGACAGACAGACAGAUAGAAAAUAGACAGAUAGUUAGACAGAAAAAUAGACAGAUAGAUAAUAGACAGAUAGAUAAUAGACAGACAGACAGACAGACAGACAGAUGGACAAAGAAAUAAAUAUACAACAUUCUUCACAACAAUUGAAAAUGUACAUUAAAAUUAUUAAUUUUUGUUGGAUCCAUUUCAGAUCUCCUUCCAGCGAAAAAUGGAGAAACAGACACGCUGUGUUUCUUACAAGAGGUCAUGGAUAUUUUACUACAAUAUGUAGUGAAAACUUUUGACAGGUCCACAAAAGUGAUUGAUUUUCAUUAUCCAAAUGAGCUUCUUCAGGAAUAUAACUGGGAAUUAUCUGAACAGCCACAGACUUUGGAUGAUCUCCUGCUUAACUGCAAGACAACAUUAAAAUAUGCUAUCAAAACAGGUACAGCAUCACUUGAUUUGUAUGUAUAUAUCAAUAUAAAAUGUGCUUUAUUUUUUAUUUUUAUUUUUUUAAAGAUGAUGAAAGCAAUUUGGCGUUUGAUUGCUAAAUAGUUUAUUGAUGUGAAUUGAAAAAGAAUUUAGAGAACAUUUAUGCUAAAGGAAUCUAAAUUUAUUAACUUAGAAAAAAAAUAGUUAUAUGGUAGUAAUUCUUAUUAAUAUAUUACUGAUAUUUUAAUUAGUAAGGGCAGUAGUUAUUGUUAUUUUCCUUAGUGUGCACACACUAUUUUCCUUAGUGUGCACACUCUUCCUUGACUAUUUAUAUUAAAAAAAAUAUAUACACAAAAUAAGAUUAUCUAUAAAAUACAGGAGGGAUUUUUCUUACUGAUCUGUGUUUCAGACUCAGUGAUCUUGACAAAUAGCUUACAGCUAAAUAAUCUUUCAUUACAGAUUGUUGAGUUUACAAACAUUGCAGUCUGUGUAUUCUAUCUGAACCAGUAAAACCAGCCUUGAUACCAAAAGGUUCUACAGAAGUCCUUUGUCUGACAGCUGGUAUACCAUACAUUCAUUUAGCAAUACAUGUUUGAUGGCCAUUCAGAAAUUAACACAAAGAAAGAAAAUAGAUAACAAAAACAUAUUUCCUUUACAUGAUUACAUCAUGUCUUUAUAUUAAAUAAAGAUACUAUGCAAACACUGGUCACUCAGUAUAUGACAUUUUAAGAUUUUACAUAUACCACAAUACUGCUAUUUUGGCACUCAUCAGUGGGUCAACAUGUUUAAUCAAAUUGGCAAAGUGAGCUCACUGAGGCCGUACUAGAUGAACAUUUGAUGCUAGCAGAUCCAGGGAAAAUUUUCUCCAGGCUAAAAUGUGUCAUUUCUGGCUUACAUCAACACUUUCCUGUCUUGGUCAGUGAUUGUGACCAGUUACCUUAACGCCCCUUUCCUCCUUGUUGCUCCCUGAAAAGAAAUACAUAUUUAUAAUGUUAAAAAAAUAAAAUAAUAAGCUAGACAUUUAACAUGAAUUUAACACAUUUUGCAAUUAUUGAUAUUACUUAUAGUAAUAAUAAUAAUAAUAAUACAGUGAUUAUUAUACAUUUGGAAUUUCUUGAUUUAAGAGGUUUUUUUCAUGGAGGAGAAAACCAAAUAUGUUUUUAAAAUGUUAGAUAUUUAUUUUUAUUUUUUUAGAAUAUUCACCAUUGACCUUUGAUUUUGCUUUGAUGGGCUUUGAUUUUAUAUUUGAACCAGUAUGCAAAUAAUAUACGAUAACGCAAGCAGGAGGAGGGCGGGAUUUGUGUGACGUCACAUUUGUGCGUGUGUAUGUAAAUUUAAAUGUGUCAGAUUUUCAAAUAGAUUGCUUAUAGGCAUGUUCGAAGCCACAUGCCAUAUCAAAUUAAAUCCUUACCCUCUGUACGGUAUUGAAAACCAUUUUGUAUUCAAAAGGUUUGCCAGUAAUUAUUUCAACGGACUAUAUGAAGAGCUACUAGCAUAAUGUGGAAAUUGAUUUUCCUGCUGUAUGAAAAAAACAAAAUAAAAAAUGAUGUGACAAAUUUUCUUUACUGUCACUAUUGAGAGCCAGACACAUCUUAUGCAGCCAUUUUCUAGUCACUCCAAACUAUGAUAAAAUGCCUUUGUACCUGCCUUAUAAUAAACUACUAGAAUCACAAGGAAAAUACAAAAUGGCUUCCUGUUCAUUAACAGUGACCCAUAUCUAGAUUACUACGUUUAUAAGGCAACUGCUAUGCAAGUUUUAAGAAAGCAAAAACCUGCCCAAGAAACUUGAAACUUUUUUUUAUAGUUAGUUUUUUUGUGUGUUUUUUUUAUAAAAUACUUCUAAACAUUUAACAAUUGGUCUUUCUGUCCAGAAAACAAAUGAAAAGCUGUGAUGUACGUCUAAAUUUAAGGACAUAAAAAAGGGCAGCAGUGUUGUUACAAUAGUAGCCAGUCAUAUAAUUUAAUAGUGAAUGCUGUCUUUUUAUUCUGGGGAGUUUUGAGUUUACAGAGACAUUGCUGUUACAAAAGAGCACAAACAUUAACACACACGUUGUGCAUCAAGAUCUAUAGGGUCUGCUGUCUGUGACGUAAGCUGACCAUUAUUAAAAUUUUGAAUAAAUAAUUAUAUUCAGACAUUUACACAAUGGACUUCAGAUUCAGUUGUUUUCUGCAUAAUAUGUGGUACUUAACAUUAAUUGCAUGAAAUACAGCCCUUGAUUGUAGAUUUACACUCAAAAAUGCAUGCAGACAGACAGUGAAGCAGACUUUCAGAUAUUUCAAUACAGCUCUGAAGUAGACAAAUCGUAUACGUAAAAAUUAAACCCUAAUUAACCAGUCCACUUCACAUGCUUCUGAUUAAUGCAUUGUAUCAAAAGCAAAAUGCCAUUAUUUACAGGGAUGUGCAAAACUGCACAGGCUUCAAAGAUGAAUUAUAGAUAUACACUACACCCACAGUCUGAAUCGAAAUCAACAAAACACUCCUUUACGCUAAAAUCCAACAAUCCAUUGUGUUAUUAUCAUGUGGCACACGUUCAGUUGCGUGAAAUAUUAGACAGAUCUUGUUGCAUUUUGUUCAAAUGCAGACUGAACGCUUGAUAAAAAGAGUUAGCAGAAUCAAUCAUUGUCUUAUUUUACUUGUGAUAAUUACAAUUUGGAGAGAGAAAUCACUGGAAACAAGGGAACGGUCAAAAUAUACACUUUCAUUAUUUCCUCUUGGUUCCAGGAUUUGUAUUUUUAAAUUAACCAAUUAUUUAAAGAUUUUUUUGUCGUCACUUUCUUGUAAAUGCAAAUAUCCCAGCCUUGCUAAUGCUAUUAAAUGGCACAGAAAAUUGCUUCUCUUUGAGAGCAUUAUUUUCACCCCAUGUGCAAGAACAUGAUAACAGAGCAGGAGCAGUCUGGCAAUGGAGUCACUAAUUCGAUGUGCUUUUUUUUUCUGACGGUUCUUUUUUUUUUCCUAUACAAAUCAGCUAGUUAUAUGGCACGGUAGCGUGUUUGAACUGAAAUUGUUUCUGUUGCAGGCAAACAAUUUUUUUCAGUACUUAAAUAGCAUCUCCAAUUGUUUCUAACACUGGAACUUCGUAUAAGUAACUGGAUCCCACCUCUGAGUCAUUCCUAAUGAAUCAUUUAAAUUCAAAAUUUUAAUUGCCUCCAGUUGUUCCCUAAAAGAGAAGUAAGAAAAAAAAAAUACAAUAGUCAGAGAGGAUAAAAUUAGUCUGUAAAUGAAAUCACUCAAAGCUUACCCUAUUAUAUAUAAUUUGCGUGGCAUUAAUGAAGAUUUUGUCUUAGAUUAAUUAAAACCAGGAUUUGCUAUGUAAAAUUUUACUAUCUGUACUAUUACAAAAAAUACAAAAAAGGAUAAGUUAUGUCUUAUAUGACUUAUCAAAGCACCAGGGUCUAUUAUUUAACAAAAUUUACCAUCUGCAUAUUUCUUAUCACCAGUUUUUUUGUUAAAAAUUAUGUAACAUGUAGACUGAUGACAAUUUAUACCAUUCUUUAUGUAGAUAAGUGUUCAAUUAAAAUGUGUGUUAAUCGUUUGUUAACAGCAGAGAUUAGCUAAAUAUACUGUACUGCAUAUUUAAUUUUAAUAACGUACCCUAUCAUUGAUGCAUUGUUACUGUGGCCAUAGUCAAGCCUAUGCAUGUGACUCUCCCUUUUAAAUCUGCAUAUCCCUCCCUCAAUUUUAUCUCCAUGUUAUCCCCAUCCAUGCACGUCAGCACCUCCUCCACAGCAAAGCUGACAUAAUUUGGCCUUAUUAGUAGUUACAAAUAAAAGGCCUUCUUGAGUUUACAACAUCUACCCUAUGUUCCUUUAUAUAUUACUGUCUGUAUUUUUAUAUUAUUAAAAAACAAAUUUAAAGGGACAUUCCACUGCUGAAAUACAAAACUAAUAAUUACUAUUUAGUAGAUAUACCCCAAAUGAAAACUUACAUGCAUUUAAUUAUGUAUUUUUUUCAUUGGGAAUACAUCUAAAAGCAUCUUGCAAAACCUGCAGUUUUCCUGUCUGCUGCCUAUGUAAGCUCUCCCCUUCUAACCCCGCCCAGACUUCCUGUGAUUGUCCAAUCACAGACUGCCCAAUACAGCUCAAUGAGAAGUCUUUGUAAGUCAGGUGCUCUGGGUAAUUGCUGCUACUUGAGGUCAGCUGCAUUGAGCUAACAAAACCAGGAAGUAACAUUACCUGAUGUCUGCUUGAAAGCCAAGUGGAUGUAACCAGGUUAUUUUAUAAAAGUGUCAAUUUCUUUUGAAAUCUGCACUUUUUGCAAAAUAAAAAAAAAGGAUACACUCUUUACACAUAAUGCUUUUCAGCAAGCUAAAGUUGUUUAGGGGUAUGGAGUUACCCUUUAAGAUAUGAUGGAGCCAUAUUCAUGUAUCCUACAGUAGGUGAGUUUGCAGUAGGAAACAGUGGGGAAGGGGGAACUGAAAGGUCAAUAUGAAUAAUAAAAGAUAUUACAAGGAUGUAUUGGAGAGCAAAGACUUUUGGAGUUAGGCAUAGCAGUGAAAAGGGGACACAUUUUCACUGUUAUGCCCAACUCCAAUGGCAUAAGAAUGGCAAUUUAUAAAGAAUACAGACUAUGUGGAAGCAUAAGGAAGUAAGAUAUUGCAUGCCUAGGUAGAAUUAAAAAAAAGAUUGAGUGUGGACAGAAGGAAAAAAAAGCAAAAGAGAAGUGAACAUUUAUGUAAUAAGGAUUUAAAAGAUAAGAACGUGAAGCUGAUGGAAAACAAAAGAAAAGGAUAUCCACAUAUGAUGAGGACAGAAGGGAGAUAAACAUGGGAAAAGUUAAGUCAAGGAAAAAUAGUUGUAAACAAAAGAAAGAAGAAAUAGAAAGAUUGAAAAGUAAGUAGGAAUCAUCACGCAAAAAAGUAAAUGUAGUGUGAAAAUGAGGAAAUAUGGUCAGAAAAAAGACAAUGAAAAAAUAAUAAUAAUCUGAUUUCCGGCAUCAUGCAGUAGCGUUCAGUGAUGAUAAAUCUAGUCUAAUGACUACCACUGGAAAUCCAAUUAGGUGACAGAAAGGGAAAAAGGUACUGAUGGAAAAGAUGGGUACAGAUUGGGAAAUUAUGUUAGAUGUAGGAAUACAAGGAGUAGAGAGAGAUAAGUCACGAAAGGUAGGAAGAGGAGCUGGAAGAAACUGAAAGGUGGGAUCAGCAUCAAUCUGACAAUCAGUGAACAGACACAUAGGCAUAAUAAUGGGAACAAUUUGUGAGUGAGCUUUGGAACUGGACCUGAGAGGUCAGAACUAGAGGUCAAACAAGUAAGCACAAGAGGGGAAUGCAUAGUGUGCAUUGAAUUGGAGAGCAUCAGUGUUCCUCACUGCUUUUUAGAAAGAAGCCACGAUGGUCAGAAAGAACCAGUAGGAAAGCCACAUUUUCCCGAAAUCCCUGUGGACUACAAGUUUAGUUCAUUUCUUCCCGCAGGAAACAUACAAUUUAAACACAUAAUGCAGACAAUAUUGGAAAUGCUAUCUGUUUAUUAUGAUUUUGAAUGUACAUAGCUGGUAUAUGGAAUUAGGAUGUCCUGUCUGAUGCCCCUGCCUAUAACCCCUGUCCUUACCCCAUACCCCUCUUUACCCAACAUGUGUCCCCUGCACAUAUCCCCCUGCUGUCCCUUCCCCAUAUCCUAAUUACUAUACUUGUGACCUCUGCCUAUUUCAAUUUGUGUCCCCCUCCCUCUCCAUAUUCCUCAUAUGAUUUAUCUAAUUAAUAAUUUAUUUGUGGAUUUUUUCCUGUCUUUUCACCGUGUUGUCUGUCCACACUCCAAUGUUCUCUGUCUGCGCUCCUAUGCUCUCUCCAUCCUCCUCCUUCUGUCUGUACACCCCUGUUGUGUGUGCCUCCUUCCACCUCCCUAACACCAUUCACUUACUGUCAUUGUAGUGCAGCCAUGUGGUAGCAAGACAGAAAUUAUUCAUUCUCUUUUGCUGGGUUUGUCCGCUCAGCCCAUUCAACCUGUGUUAUGAGUAGAUAGAAGGUGGAAUAUAAUGUUACACUCUUCCCUCCACUCACAGUGCAAGCUGAACUUGCCGAGCUGACAGACAAGGCAGAGGAGAUUGAAUACAAUCUCUUUCUUUGUAUUGCUUGGUUAAGUUACAGAAGGCAGUAAUGCAAAGCUUGGAAGCCUGGAGUUGUGAGUAUCCACGUCCUGGCUGUCACCAUGGUUGGAAAGCCCCUAUUUUUACACUACUGCCUGGACCGGGUCCAAAUGUGAUUUACUGUGAGCUCCAGCAAAGCCACAUCUGACUCUUGGAGUGUGCAUUGAAGUCUAGGAUAUAAAAUAUAUUCAAAAAUAUAUCCAAAUCAGGAAGAUGAAAAUAGCAGAAAUAACUUGAGAAAUUGGCUAUAAGGAAAUUUUGGUCAAAAUGUACUGUCCCAUAUUGCUUUGCAUGAGUAAUACGUUAUCCUUUUGUCCAGAUUGAGUCUCUCCUCAACCACAUUUCUCUUCAGUACUCCUUUCAAUCCCUAGCAUGUCCCCCUAUACCAAUAUCUCAGCAACUCUCUUCCACCUUGUUGUUGGACUACAACUACCAAACCCAUUCCAUUCCAACCUCUUGCAAACAUAAUAUGCAUAAAAUGCAAUAAGGUAACACCAGACUGCUGAACCAGCAACAUGUUUUUAUUUCUAACAUGUAUUCAUUUGAUUUCUUAGGACAUCCAAGAUAUUUUAAUCAGCUUUCAACUGGACUUGAUAUGGUAGGGUUAGCUGCAGAUUGGUUGACUUCAACAGCAAAUACCAACAUGUAAGUAUUAUUGAUCAUUCUGACUGAAGAUAACUAAACACAAUGCCUAUGCCUUGGACUGUAUUUCAAGCAUUAAAAUGCUGAAUAGGAUGUAUUAAUUAAAUGCAAUGUUAAUUAGAAAUAUGUCAUUUGACAAUGCUACUUUGAAAGGUAACUUUAAAAAAAAUAAAUGUUGAAAAUGACGUCAAUAUUUGUGCGUUCAAGUCCUAUAUUUCUUAGGACAUUAUUUUUAAAAAACAAAACAAAAAGUUAUCAAUGCUCGCAAAGAGUGGCUAUAACAUUGACAAUAACAAUGUAUUUAACCUGGAACUCUACAUUAAACUGCCAUUUGUUUUCAAGUAUGUCCUUGGGAUUAAUAGAUAGCUAACAACAUUGGCUCUACCCUAGUCUUUUUGUUGAUUGUGAAAUGAUCUUUAUAUAUAUAUAUUAAUUAUAUUUUUUUAUUCAGUUCUCACGCAGUCACUGGGAUAUUGAGGGGGUGGGGGGAGUGGGAACAAUAUUAUACACUUACAUUUGUCAGAGGCCAGGAACUGCUGUGGCUGUGCUCUCCCUGUGCUGCUUCCAAGAUGGCUUCUUGCUUCUCUCUCUUGUGGACAUUGUAUCCACACCCCCUGGUGCUAUGAACCAAUGAUUUCCCCUGAAUAGAGAGGCCAAUAGCAUGCCUCCACUCAUGGGCAGCUGGACCUGCUGCCCAAAUUAAAACUCAAUGGAAAUUCCUUCUUAUUGGACAUGUGCAAAACCUGCUGACACAGGGCGGAUUUCAAAUCUGACCCAUUUUUUUGGCAUGCCUAGAUGCUCUCAAGUAAGCUUCUCCAAACAGUUACCAAUAAGAGGGAUGGAACCUUUAUUGGAUUACUACCUUCCCCUCCAGAAAAAUGAUCUUCAUAACUAUUACAAAUAAUUGUUUUCACAUUAACACUGGUGGGACUCUGCCCCAAAUGCCCUUAUAGAUGAGCCAACAAUGUCUAGGCUUUUAACUGUAGAUGACCUUUUAAAAACAGCUACAAAGCUUCUUUUGCAAGACAUUUGCAAGUUGCAGACAUGUUAUUUAUUUCACAAUGUGCAGAUAACCAUGGCUGAACAGGAAAAUAUCAUAAAUAGAUGUUCAUUUAUUAAACCAGGAAUUGUAGAGAAUUAACAAGGGAUUGACCAUUUUAGACCACAAAUUGCUAAGCUGGUGAAAUACAUGAAUUUAAAGGAACCGUCUGUAAUUAUAGACCUCCCAAUGCAACUCUAUAAGAAGUCUUUGCAAGGCAGGUAGUUUUGAACUUAGAUCCACUGAGCUAAACAACCAGGAAUUUACAUUAACCAAGAUGCAUUUUCCUCACCCCCACUACCUCCCCUUCAAAAAUGCAUCUUCACCUGUAUCGCUUUAUCAUAGCACUGGCCCUGGAUAGGGUGAUUCUGAUUGACUUGACCUUGGACCCUUUGGAUAGUGUCUGACACAGGCAGAGUGGUUCUAGUUGAUGAACUUAAACCCCCUCUUGACUUUCUUACCCACUUUUGGGUUUAUUAUUCUCUCUUUUGAAUGACUUUAGUGUGUCUUAUCCCCUUUAGUAUAUCAUAUCCCCCUAUUUUUCCAUUUCUGUGUCUCUUACACACUCUUUGUGUGUCUCUUACUUUCCUCCAGUCCCUUUGUGUGUCUCUUACUCCCGUCCAGCCCCUUUGUGUGUCUAUUACUCCCCAGGCCCUUUGUGUGUCUCUGUCUCCUCCAGCCCUUUUGUGUCAUUUUCUCCCCCUAGCCCCCUUGUGUGUCUCUUUCUAUCCCAACCAUUUUACGUGUCUUUCUCCCCUUCCCAGCCUUUCCUAUGUAGCAUGGCUAAGCCACAGACGGGGGAGAGGAGCUUCAGUAACCUCUCCUUGGUCUGACAGUGAGUAGUUCUGCCCUCUCUGUGUGCACUUCCUGUAAGACUGGGGUAGAUGUUACUGCAGCCCCUUUCCCCCAGUCUGUGAGUCAGCCAAGCUACCUCGGAGUGACUGGCAGGAGGGGAGCACUGUGCAGUGCGUUCCCAUACUGCUGGAUAGCCAGAUCUUGUGCCUCAAGGCCGGUGCCUGUAUCGCCUUAUGAUAGCGCCAGCCCUGGAUAUGGUGAUUCUGAUUCACUUGAUCUUGGACCCUUUGGAUAGUGUCUGAAACAGGUAGUGUGGUUCUGGUUGAGGAAGUUACAAGAAUUCUGAGACAGAGAAGAUGUGACAGUAGCAAGGUGGCAGAGACGCUGGGAAUAGAACACUGAGGAAGUGAGCCUGUGGUAAUUCUGAUUCAGGGAGGCUGUGGUAUGAUCAAGGAAAGAGGAAGACUGGUGGGAACACACUGAGACAAGAGGGCUGAUAGGAUCACUGAAGCCAUGAAGUUGUGACAGGAUUUUUAUGGCAGAGAGACUGAGAAGCCAACACUCAAACAGGGAGACUGUAGCAAUUCUCAGUAAGGAGGCUGUGGAACGAACAAUAAAGCCUAAUAGUUGCCACAGGGCAGAAAGACAGGGACACAGGGAUGCAGGGACAAGAACAGUGCAGCCAGGGGACUAUGACAGGAACAAUGAGGCAGAGAAACUAUAGCGGGAACAUGGAGGCAGGGGGUAAUGACAGGAAAAUCAGUUACAAGAACACAAAGUCAAAAAGUCUGUGAAUGGAAUGUCGAGAUAUGACAGGAACACUGAGAAAUCUGAUCAACCACAUGACAUCGGAAGACACCAGAGAGUUGUUAGCCAACUGCCCCAAGGACAUAAAAAGCACAGGGUCAAUAUCUUCUAUACUGAAUUUUAAAAAUACAUGUGUGUAUCCUAAGGGAGAGUGUGAUGGAGAAUUGUACAGGUUGGAAAGGAAAGGACUAUGUUGCAAUAAAGGGCAGAGUACAGUCUUCCAUGUAGCACAAAAUGUACUGUCAGUGAAUAGGAUACAUUCAUGUUAUAUCCACAGAGACCAGAAGUGGUCCAGCAAGUGCUUUCAUAUUGAUCAAAAUCUCAAGAAAGAUAAGUCUAAUCUCCCAGGGGGUGAUAUUGUAACACAUAUCUUUGCUAAUAUGUUUUAUUAAAUAUUUAAACCAAUGUUAAUAUUCUUCUCUAUUAAUGAUCAUUUACAUUCCAGGUUCUCUUAUACAAUAACUUUUUUCUUUUUUUACAUACUAUUUGGCUCUAGUAUCAUUCUUCAUAUGUAGGUGAAAUGGUUGUUUAUUCAACCAACAAAAUGCUGGCUGCUUUUUAAUUACUGAAUAAACAGCCAUUUAACCUACAUAAUACUGUGUGCUGAAAGCUUCAUUAUUUACAUUUGUUACGGUGGAGUUUCCUGGAACAGGAAUCUUACCUACUGCACAGGCACCUUAAUCUAGGAGUUGUUUGGUGUGCUCCCUACCACUUGACUAUUAGAUUAUAUAAUAUGGCUGACAGAACUAGCUUAAACUUUCUGUUUAGACUACGAAGUUGUUAAGUGUAUUUAUUAUUUGUGUCACUCAUUGCUGGGUUACGCUACUCGUUGUCUCACCUCCCAGAGCAGGAAGAUCUAAGCAGGUCAUGUGGGCCCAUAUUUCAUACGUCUUCAUCCCAUAGCCGAGGGAAUGAGGUUUGGAAUAAGUGGGCUGCUAUAUUAUCAGUCUUCACGUUGCUGCCUGUUGUGUAAAGUAAAGGAAUUGGCCAUAUCACUGGCACCCAAGUAGUUUAUAAGGAACCUGGACAACACCAAGCUUUUUUAUUUAUUUAUUUAACUAUCUCACUAAGUAUUUAUUAAUCAAUUCAGUUUCAGGAAUAGUUUGGGAAUUCAUUCCCGAGCAUUUCCUGUGCUAUUUAGUGCUUUUCUGCUCUGAAAUUCCCCAAGGGCAUUCCUCGAAACUUGAUAUUGAAUAUAAUAAUUAAUCUCAGUAGGUUAAUCAUUUGUUUUAUUUUCCUGUGUAGCCUAGGAUCAGUUUGGGAAAUUAAAAAAAAAAGAUUGCUUUCAUUGAUUGCUAAAAUAUGUGUACAUUUAAGUUUUUUUGUUUUUCAUUUACGAUUUGUGAUUCUCGCACUAGGUGUCUAUAGUUUUCACACUAAUUAUUAACUAUAGUAAUUACUACAAGAACAGGUACAUGUGCAAAAGAUUGUCACACUCAUACUCAGGGCCGCCAUCAGGGGGUGACAACCAUAACGGUUGUCACGGGCCCGGUGGCCCUGGGGGGCCCGGCCACCCAGGCCCCACGUGUAGCGGUGGAACUGCCGCCAGUGCACUUGCGAUGGAGGCCCACACACUGAUGGGGCCCAUCGGUGUGCCCCAUGCACUUUGGGCCACCCGAUGGGCCCUAUAUCUUCAGGGGCCCAGUCAGCGCUGUGGCCGUGGUAUAGCGUGACCAGGCAGUGAGGGAGAGCCAUGCCGACUACUCCCAUCAGCUCCAGCCACCCUCCUGCAAAUAAAAGGUAAGAGACAGGAGGGUGGCUGGAAAAUGAGCUGUGUGUGUGUGUGUGUGUGUACGUAUGUAUGUAUGUCUGUAUGCAUGUGUGUCGGUAUGUAUGUCUGCAUGCAUGCAUGUAUGUAUGUAUAUCUGUAUGUACGUCUCUAUGUAUGCAUGUCUGAAUGCAUGUCUGUAUGUAUGUAUGUCUGUAUGUAUUUAUGUAUGUAUGUCUGUAUGUAUGUCUGUAUGUAUGCAUGUCUGAAUGCAUGUCUGUAUGUAUGUCUGUCUAUGUAUGUAUGUAUGUAUAUAUGUCUGUCAGUAUGUAUGUAUGUAUAUAUGUCUGUAUGUAUGCAAGUAUUAAUGUAUGUCUGUUAGUAUGUAUGUAUAUAUGAAUGUAUGUCUGUAUGUAUGUCUGUAUGUAUGUAUAUAUGUAUGCCAGGAUCAAUGUAUGUCUGUAUGUCAUUAUGUAUGUAUACAUGUAUGUCUGUAUGUCAGUAUGAAUGUGUGUCUGCAUAUCAUUAUGAAUGUAUGUCUGUGUGUAUGUGUGUAUGGAUGUCAGUAUGUAUGUAUGUCUGUCAGUAUAUCUGUAUAUAUGCCAGUAUGUCAGUCUGAAUGUAUGUAUGUAUGUAUGUCUGUAUGCCAUUAUGAAUGUAUGUAUGUAUGUAUGGAUGUCAGUGUCUGUAUGUCUGUCAGUAUGUCUAUAUGUAUGAAUGUAUGUAUGUCUGUAUGUGUGUAUGUGUGUAUGUAUGUAUGUGUGUAUGUAUGUCGUUGUCUGUAUGUAUAAAAACAAACAGUUAAGUGCGCUAAAUUUUUAAAGUGCAAACAUAUUGCAGCAACACACAAUAAAUAGACAAAACUGUGCAAUAGUAUAAAGUGCUUGAUAAUGUGGCAAAAACACUUAUACACACUUUUAGCAAUCUGUGUGAACCUUCCUUUAAAGUGCUUCAAUCCACUCACAGAUAGAUAAGCAGCAAACAAUGUUAAUACACUGCUUAUAAGUGCAAAAAAUACAGUGUAAACAGGUGAUAUUGUGCACAAAUAUUGUAAAUAUAUAUAUAUAUAUACACACACACACACACACACCUUACAAUAACAGCAUUAGCAGCAAAUUUUCAGGUAAAACCCAAUACAAAACAGAAAAACAUAUAUAUAGUGUAAUACCGUAAAUUAUAUCCAAAAUAUGACUAUAAGUGAGGUAGGUAUUUGACUCACAAACACAGAGCAAAUGGGUCUGCUCUAACUGUAACAGCCUUAAUCAGUAGACUUUCACUUCAGCAGGUAGAAAAUUAACAGCCUUUAUUUCAAACGAUAAAAUCCAAAAUUCACAAGUCACCCUGAUCCCUGGUAGUGAAGAGCCGUCCGUUCGCUGACUGGAUGCAGUUGCCGGCGGGCACCAAAGUUUCUGCAAAAUCCUCUAACAGCUCCGGUCUCGAUCUAUUACUUCGGGAGGCGGGGUUUAGCGCGAUGACAUCAGAUGACGCAUUUCACCAGGUUCAACCGGCUUCCUCAGAUCUCAGGUGUCUGUAUGGAUGUCAUUGUGUAUGUAUGUGUGUAUGUGUCUUUAUGUCCUCAUGCAUGUGUGUCUGUAUGUAUGUUAGUAUGUGUCUGUCUGUCACUAUGUAUGCCUGUGUGUCUGUAUAUGUGUGUAUGUCUCAGUAUGUGUGUGUCAGUAUGCCUGUAUGUGUGUAUGUCUGUUUCAGUAUGUGUGUCUGAUAGUAUGUAUCCGUGUCCUUUUGUAUCAGUGUAUGUGUUUGUGUCUGUGUGUGUAUUCCUGUGGGCGGUAUUUUGAGGUGGACCUUGUGGGCGGUAUCUGGAGGCGGGCCCCAGACCCUGAGCUGAGUUAGGAGCCCCAACAUUUCUGUUGGCGGCCCUGCUCAUACUGUAUACAUAUUCCUCUCCCCGAACUGAUAACAUUAACUUCUUUAUUCUGCCCUGUAAACAAUAACCCUCUUGUGUGUUUCUGUGUGUAGUGUUGGCAUGGCAGUGUUUGUAUGUGUAGUAUCAGCGUGGUGUGGCAGUGUGUGUGUGUAGUAUCAGUGUGGUGUGGCAGUGUUUGUGUAGUAGCAGCGUGGCGUGGCAUGGCAGUGUUUGUGUGUGUGUAGUAUCAGAGUGGUGUGGCAAUGUGUGUAGUAUCAGCGUGGUGUGGCAGUGUGUGUGUGUAGUAUCAGUGUGGUGUGGCAGUGUUUGUGUAGUAGCAGCGUGGCAUGGCAGUGUUUGUGUGUGUGUAGUAUCAGAGUGGUGUGGCAAUGUGUGUAGUAUCAGCGUGGUGUGGCAGUGUGUGUGUGUAGUAUCAGUGUGGUGUGGCAGUGUUUGUGUAGUAGCAGCGUGGCAUGGCAGUGUUUGUGUGUGUGUAGUAUCAGAGUGGUGUGGCAAUGUGUGUAGUAUCAGCGUGGUGUGACAGUGGUUGUAUGUGUAGUAUCAGCAUGGUGUGGCAGUGUGUGUGUGUGUGUAAUAUCAGCAUGGUGUGGCAGUGUUUGUGUAGUGUCAGCAUGGUGUGGCAGUGUUUGUGUGUGUGUAGUAUCAGAGUGGUGUGGCAAUGUGUGUGUAGUAUCAGAGUGGUGUGGCAAUGUGUGUGUAGUAUCAGCAUGGUGUGGCAGUGUUUGUAUGUGUAGUAUCAGAGUGGUGUGGCAAUGUGUGUGUAGUAUCAGCGUGGUGUAGCAGUGUGUGUGUGUGUGUAGUAUCAGUGUGGUGUGGCAGUGUUUGUUUGUGUAGUAUCAGCAUGGUGUGACAGUGUUUGUGUGUGUAAUAUCAGAGUGGUGUGGCAAUGUGUGUGUAGUAUCAGUGUGUUUCUAUAUGGGUGAUGUGUGUAGUAUCUGUGUGGAAGUUACAUAGUUACACAAUAACCUAGAUUGGAAAAAAGGCUCAAGUCCAUCAAGUUCAACAUUGAAUACACAUGUUUUUAAACUGUUUAUGCAAAAGAAGGCAACACCCCCUUCAAAAGAACCCCCUUCAAAUUUGGAGCAAUUUCCAAUUAUGCAACAAAAAGGGGAGACAAAUUAAUCUUGAUUCCAUAAUGGGAAUCAGAUGUCUCCUUAGAUCAACAACCUGUUUGCAUGCAUAUUAAUUAUAUCCUUGAAUAUUCUGGUUUUCAAAAAAGAAAACAAUGCCCAUACCUUUUUUCACAUAUCUAUGGAUUAUGAUAGGACAAUGUCUUUGGGUAGAGGAUUCCACAUCUUUAUUGUUCUUACUGUAAAUAACAUGUUCCUCUGCUGUAAGCAAAAACACCUUUCUUCCAGUUUAAAUUGAGGACUCCUUGUCUGUUGCAUAUUAGCACAUAGCAGUUUGUAUUGUCCCUGUAUAUAUUUGCUUAAUGCUAUCAUAUCCGCUCUGAGAGACGUUUUUCCACAUUUUUACAAAUACAGUUUUCAGUUUUGCAUUUAUUGGUAUUGAAUCUCAUCUGCCACUUGUCUGCCCAGUCCCCCAAUUUAUAAAAAUCCCUCUGUAGAGAAGUAAUAUCAUGUUCCGCCUGUAUUUCCUUACUUAAAUUUUGUGUCAUCUGCAAACAACACAUGACUUUCAAUGCCCACUUCAAGGUCUUUUAUAAACAGAUUAAAUAGAAGUGUCCUCAGGGCAGAACCCUGAAGCACUCCACGUACCACUUUUAUCAAGUUUGGAACUACAGGCUGCACUCUAUCUUUACACCAGUGUUCGAUCCAAGAACAAGAUUUUACAUCUAAAUCAGUUUCAACUUUAAUAGUAAUAAUUAAUAAUACUUUUGUGUGGAACUGUAUCAAAAAGGAUUAUUAUGUAGCACUUAGCUCUCAGUUUUUUAUUUAGUGUUUGACUUCAAUGGGGUUCGGGGUUUGUUUGUCAUUUACACUUAUUUGCACUAGGUGAAAAUUUAUAUUUUGGGUGUUUGAAUAUAUUUCGUUUUAUUUUAUUCUAUAUUUACUAAUAAAUAGAGCUAAGCAGACACCUGGAUGUUCAGGUUUGCCGAGUUCGGCUGAACUUCGUCAAAAAGUUCCAGUUCGGGCUCGAACUUGACCCCAAACCCGAACCCCAUUGAAGUCAAUGGGGACAUGAACUUUUGGGUACUAAAAUGCCUCUAAAAAAAGUCCUGGAAAGGGCUAGAGGGCUGCAAAAGGAAGUAAAAUGGGGGUAAGAUUAGGACAAGUGCCCUGCAAACAAAUAUGGAUAGGGAAAUGACUUAAAAUAACAUAAAAUAAGCAGCCGCUUAGUAGAUAAUUCCCUAAUUCCCAUGGUCUUUCAACAACAUUUACUAAUACUAAGUAAAGAUAACUUAGUAUUAGUAAAUUCAGCCCUUACUUGCUGUAAAAAAAAACCAAAUAAAAUAAAAACCUAUUGGUCCCCACCCCAGAAUGGUGGGUGGGGGCCCUAAAGUAAAAUAAGGGGGGCGGACCUAUUGUCCUCCACCCCGGCCCCCACCCCUGAGUGGCAGGUGGGGGCCCUAAAUAACAAUGAGGGGGACCUACUGUCCUCCCCCCGGCCCACACCCCUGCACGGCGGGUGGGGGCCCUAAAUAAGAAUGAGGGGGGACCUACUGUCCCCCCCUGGCCCCCACCCCUGUGCAGUGGAUGGGGGCCCUAAAUAAGAUGGAGGGGGGACCUACUGUCCUACCCCUCGGCCCACACCCUUGUGCGGCGGGUGGGAGCCCUAAAAAAGAAUGGGGGACCUACAGUCCUCGCCCCCACCCCUGCGCGGUGGGUGGGGGCCCUAAAUAACAAUGAGGGGCGACCUACUGUCCUCCCCCCAGGCCCCCAUGAUGCAUGGUGGGUGGCGGCCCUAAAUAAGAAUGAGGGGGGGGACCUACUGUCCUCCCCCCAGCCCACACCCCUGGGUGGUGGGUGGGGGCCCUAAAUAAAAAUUUAACCCCCCCGUCACCCAUCUCCCGGAAGCCGGAGUGGAGGACAGUUUGUUCCACCCCUCCUCAUUGUUCUGUAGGGCCCCCACCCGGCACGAAGGGGUGGGGGACGGGGGGAGGACUGUAAGUCCCCCCCCAUUGUUAUUUUGGGCCCCCACCCGCUGCGCUGCGCACACGAGUCAAACGCUUGUUGAUUGGCUGCCCUGCAGCUUUUCACAAUGCACCAUUAAAUCGCCAAACACCGAACUCCAACCCAAACAUACAGUGAAAUGUCCGUGUUCGGGUCCGGGUUCCAAAAACCGUAAUGUUCGGUACGAACCCGAACUUUCCAGUUCGGAUUCGCUCGACUCUACUAAUAAACCUUAAGUUUUAUGAUAUACACAUUUUUUAGAACUCCUGAAAAUUAGGGACAAAUGACCAUACCCUUGCAAACUCCUGAUUUUGUUUGCUUAAAUAUUGAUUUAAAAUAAAGGGGUUAACCCCCAUACGGGAGUUUAUACCUCUAUUUGUUAAACUUUUGAUUAAUGUAUCAAAUACCUACUUAAAAUCCAAGUCAAUCACAUCCACUGCAACACAUUGAUCCAGAGAUAUGCUCAAUUUGGCAAUAGGAAUAUCUGCUAACUUGGGUUUCAGUUGAUGGGGAAAUGAAGUGGUGGUUGGUAAGUGCCCUUUAGUCAGUAGGCAUUCAUUUUAGGUAUCCCAAAGAGCUGGUGUUCUGCAAAAAAAAAAGGCCUGCACAAUUUGAGAUUCCUUUAUUCAUUCUGACAAUUUCUAUAUUGGUGGUUAAAUCUAAAAGUCAAUAAAGUGAAGGACAUGAACAUAAGUUGUGCUUGCUGUUAAUCUAAAACUACUGUGUCCUGUUAUAGAUAAACAAUUAUAAUUAUAUAUAGGUUUUUUUUCUUUGAUUAGGAUUAUGAAUAUUAUAUUUACAUUAUAUUGUUGUUUUUUUUAGGUUUACAUAUGAAAUCGCACCUGUUUUUGUACUUCUAGAGUAUGUCACCCUAAAGAAAAUGAGAGAAAUGAUAGGGUGGCCCGGAGGGUGCGGAGAUGGGAUUUUUUCACCAGGUAAAUAAUUGAUAUAUAUAAGAAAUAAUGCUCUUUAUUGUGUUUUUUUUUUAUCUGUUCAAAUAUUUUCCCAGUUACCUAGUACAAAUGCUAACAGGGUCUAAUUCUCAAAUAAAUAUUGACAGGCUGUGCUUUUCAAAGAUGUAUGCAUUCCUUAAAGCAUACUACACAUUACCGUUAGCAUAAAUUCUGCCAUGCAGGGACUUUAAUCAGAUGAGACAUUUGCCUCCAGUUCUUGGUGUCCUUAGUCAUUGGACACAGCAAAUCUAAAACACAGCAUUGUUUUGGUUUUUUUUAAAUCUUCAUUUAAGAUACAACUCAAAUAGAUAAAAUGACAGUGCACAGUCAGUGGCAAAACACAAUCAGAGCAUGAUUCACAAUUUAUUUCAAGAAUUAACCGUAUAGAAGCAGAAAAAAAAAGGAAAGAGAAAAAAAAAAAGAAAGGAAGGGUAUGCGAUAGGGGAGAGAGUAGGAAAAACACCCAAUGCAAAGAAGUAGAGAGAGGUUGUCCCAAAAAUUACCCAUAAUUGACUAGAAAUAUACUCAAGCCAUUAGUCAAUGGUCUUAUGAAAAGAAGGAAGGGAAUUGGGAUUUUAUUGAUAAAAAAAAACAAAAACAAGUUGUCAAGAACAAACCUUGAAAAUGUGCGAUACUUUAUAUAUUAUUAUUAUUAUUUUAUUAUUAUUACCAUUUAUAUAGAGCCGACAGAUUCCGUAUAUAAGGUGUCAAGUAUGUUGUUAACGUUUUGGCCCCUGAAGACGUUUAUCAAACCUGUUUAUAAAGACCUUUAGGGCUGAAACUUUAACAAUUUACUUGGCACCUUAAUUAAAGGAUCACACACAUUCAAGGUUUGUGUCUAAGAACUUGUUUUGUAUUGAUAUUGUUUCUUAAUGGCAAGGCCAAUGUCUGUGCACCUUGGGCGUUUGCCUGUGUCCUCCAUCGCACUACUACAAGGUGAUUUUAUUGUACAGCCUUUGAGAGUGGAACGGAAAAAAAACACAGCAUUUUUAUGAGCACUGUGUAUUGAGUUUUACAUUUUUAUUAAUUCGCUAUCUACAGUAAACCACAUUGGAAUCUUGGUAUAACAGAAAGAGAUUAGAAUGUCCAAGUAAUUACUAGAGAUAUUGUAGUCCUAAAUCUUCAAACUGCCUCUUAUCAUCUAAUUUAUCUUUUUACUCCAUUACUAAUGAACUGAAUGAACAUACCAAAUAUUUUAAAGGUGCCUUUAUUAUAUACAAGAUAUUUGAUUUAACCAUCCCAAUGAAGGGAAUAACUUUAAUAUUAACCCACGCUUUUCAGUGGGUCAUUAUAUUUCUUUAAUGUUUAAAUGCAUUUCUUGUCUGUUGCUUAUUUUGUUAGGUGACCAUACUGGUUUAAUCAUGGGAAUCUUAGGCAGAACUUGACAAUGAAAGUUCCUAAUUUGGAGAUAUGGUCAUCGUCUCCUUGCCUUUUUUCCAUGCAUCCAGUUUAUAAAUGAUUGCAAAAAUGUGUUUUUCAACGUUUCUCUUUGGAUCUUGUGCUUAUAUAUACUGCAGUUUCCCAAGCAAUUUCCACAGAAGUAGACAGCUACUAUGAGAAACCAGGAUAUGAUAUUACAGAAUAUGCUUCUGAUAAUUUAGUUCUGUUAAGGAUACAUUGCCUGUUGCCGUCUGUGCAGCUAUAUUCCACAUUCUCUAGACCUCCCUUUGCAGGUGUUUAUGUAGAACUACAAUAUUCAUUAUACUUUGACAUAAGUUGGCAUUUGGAGUUCUACAGCAGCUGGAGUUCUAAGUUAUGGCCAUCCCCGCUCUAGACUUAGUCCCGCACUCACAGCUACUAUAACCACUACAAAGAGCUAUGUUAGCUAUUGUUUAAGAAUGAUAUUUUGAUGUUUAAUUUAGAAAUAAAUAUAUAAGUUAUAGAUUUUUUAUUAUUCAUUCAGGGAAUCCAAGAUUAUAUCUCAGUAUAGAAAGAAUUCUGAUUCUCAACGAUUUUGUAAAACACCUUUACCUGAUCAAUAAUAGUGCUGUAGAAAUACUGCUGUAGAUAGUGCCUUUUGUGCAAAUAAAAAGGUGGAUGGUUAAAUAAUGCUUGUCAUUAUUGCCUUUUAUUAAUGACUUCCAAGAAUGUUGUGGAUAAUUAUAGGGAUUGCCCACAUUAAAUACUUUGGAAGCAUCUGCAUUAAUGCAAUGUUAAUUAAAACUGUAUCUUUUUAAAUUAAGACUAGUUAUAUUUUGACAUAAAGAAAUAUCCUUGCAAAGGCUCAUGUAGUUAUAAUUUGUAAAGCAAUAUAGACAUGUUAAACAGAACUCUUAGUUGUAAUUUAAUAAUAUAUUUAAGCUGUAACUUAUGUGGAUAACAUAACUCUUUUGUUAUGCUGUCACGAUACACAGGGUUAUUUACUAAGGUGAGAAUAUUCAAAGUGAAUUCAAAGCAAAUUUCAAAUUUAAGGCCAGAGUAGCUGAACUGGAAAGAUCAAUAUAAAAAUAAAAUAAAGCAGUGCUAUAUAUAACAGAACAAAAAUAGUAAGGCAGCACCUGAAAAUGGGGUAUACCCUCUGAAAACCCCAAACAGCAAAAAACAAUGGAGUACAUGAUGCGCCAAGAGACAAAUAGAAAUAGAUAGUAUAAGAGAGACAACUACAGAUGGUACAAGAUAAUACCAGAUAAAAUAUAAUGUCCCAAAAAUAGUAUUUUUUAUAAAAUUCUUAAUAUGAUUCUUGAUAGUAGCUUCUCUUCAGAAACGCCAUAUAAAAGAGAGAAAAAAACAGAGAGCCAAUAGUGCAGUAUGUCAAAUAUUCAGGAGGAUGUACAACACAUAGGUAAAAUUCCAACUCACAUAUGGUGGAGCUAAAUGAGCUCUGGAUAAAAUGACACACAGUGGUACAAAUCCCCACUUGUAGGAUAAACCUCUCACGAUAGUCAACAACAGAGUAGCGAUCAGGCAAGCCACAUAAAACAGGAGAAAAAAGUGCAAUAGUGCUCACUGUACAAAAUAGUGGUAAAAGGAUAAUAAAAUACUGCUUACAUUUAGACAAACCGCUCUUUGUAUCACGUAUAAACUGGAAUUUUUCCAGUUCGGGUAUUUUGACCUUAGACUUGAAGUUCACUGUGAACUCUGUCUGAAUACUAACUUUAGUAAAUAACCCUGACAGCAAUUUAUAACAGAAAGGUUAUUUUUGGCUUGGUCCCCUAGCCAACUUAAGAAAUUAAUUAUUUAAUUGUGACUUUUUAAAUAAAGAAAUGCAGAUAGAAUAUUUGCAUUUUUAGAUUUCAGAAAAUGUCAAACCCCCCGUAUCUUCUUGACAUUAAAUUCGAUUCUCAUCUCAUAAAAAUAAUAUAAAUAAAAUUAUAACUAAACAAUGAAAACAGCACGUAUGGUGACAUUGCUCCUUUUUUAAAUUACCAUUGUAUUAGUAACAAGCUAUAAAGCACUAUUUUGCUCUUUUAUACUUAGAAAUGAAUUCCAUCUGAUUAUUUUUUUAACAAAUUAUCUAACUGAUUGAAAAUUCUCAUAUACUGCAGGGUAAAAAAAAAACAACUAAUUUAAAGGGACCAACAGAUGAUAACCUUAGGCCUCCCCUAUAAAACCCCACAUGUUUAUCAGAAUUAGUAAGAGUGUAGCAAUGAAUAUCAACUGAAGCAAUUACAAUAAUUUAUAUAUGUGUGCCCCAGGCCACCCAUGAUGGCAAUGCAAUCAAGGCCCAUUUAUCAAAAGUAGGCAUCUCAAAUAUCCCUACCAGGUCUGUGUAGGAAGCAAAGCAUGGAAUCACUGCAGAGUAAAUCUUUUUGAAUUAGUGAGCAGAGAAUCAUUAGGUUGUGGCUGGAUUUCUUUUUAAUAUGGUAGUAUGGCUAAUAUUCAUUUAUGAGUACAUGUAGUAAGAUACGAGAUGCAAGGGGUUAAAACUGUUAUAGUCCAUGAGUGUUGUGAUUCAUAAGUCACUUAUUCAAUAUUAGUGAUGCAAUGAAUGUGUUCCAGCAAUGGUCUAUGGAACUGAUCAUGUUACACAUGCACUUAGCAUACGAGUGAACGCAUCGGUGAUACAAUAAACUGUCCUUGAUUGGUUAUAGCAGAAGUGGCAAACUGUAGUUGUAUUUUGUCUUUUUACUUAUAGUAACAUUAUGUAACAUAAGCAAUAGACUUAAGUGUUUGGUUUCAAUCAAAUUGCUAUUUGUCUUAAUUUUGGGCAGUUGGCAGUUAUUUGAGGGGAACUCUGAAAUGCAUAUGCACAAAUCACAAAACAAACAAAAUGGACAAUGGACAGACAGUUUUGUUUGUUUUGAGAGUUCCGCCAAGACACCAAAAAGAUAUGAUUGACGUAAAAAAUAUGAUUUAUGACUAGGAGAUAGCCAGUUGAUUUUUUUUUCUUAUAUCAAGUGAGAAAUGACCAAUAUAAGGGGGAGCAGUUAAAAUAAAUAAAUAUAUAUAUAUAUAUAUAUAUAUAUAUAUAUAUUUAAUUAUUUAUUUUAACUGCUCCCCCGUAUAUUGGUCAUAUAUAUAGGGUUUUUUUUAUUAUUAUUAUUUUAUAUCUUAGAAAUAUCUUAUAAAUAAAAAUUGCAUUUUUUACUGCUAAUCUUCCUUUCUACUCUGUUGGUUACUGACUUGAUUUGUGAUACAAAUGGCAGGAAGAGGCACCUCUCAGUGUACUCCAAAAUUUAUACAUAAUAUUGUACACUGUAUAUACACUGCAAUACACUGUGUGACCCAUUUCCGUGCCCUUUUAAAUCGCCUGAAUCAUUUUUGCCAUGAGCAAAAAUUUUCAGAAACAAAUUGCCAUAUGGAUAAAUACCAAAUCAACUAACUGAUUUUUAAAAAAAUAUUUUUAGGAAUAGAUUUGGUUGUACUGAAUUUUUUUAGCAAGCACUAGUCUAAUGAGCACUAAUUAGGACUGUAAAACAAUUAAGUGGGUGGAAAUCAAAAAGUGAAAAAAUAAUGCAGGCUAGCCACGGAUUCCUGGGUCACUUCCCAAUCCAAUCACACAAAGAACAAGAAAUAUUUCAUAAAAAUUCCUAUGAACUUAUCAGGGUUUAGGGAUUGGUCUGGCUAUCUAUGCAUGAUAUAAUAAUUACUUCUAAAAUAUUUACCAAACAAUUUAGCCUGAAAAGCAUCUGGCAAACAGAUUUAUUUUAUAUAUAUAUAUAUAUUUCUGCUGUCUGAAGUGUAACUAUCUAGUAGCCUUAGCAACUAACCUUCUUUACAUUUUAUAAUCAUUACGUUCGCAUCUCAAAGGUUUACUUACAAUUCUAAGACUUAUUAGGGGUCUUUCACUAAAUUUGAAAUUGACCAACAAAUUUAAACAUGUAGAUCAGGGGUGCCCUAAUGGUAGAUCACCAGAUGUUUUAAAACCACAGUUUUCACAAUGCUUUGGAAUUCUAAAGGCAUUCUAAAGGCAUGCAAAGCAUCAUGGGAGUUGUAGCUCUACAACAUCUACGGAUCUACCUUUUUGGCAUCCCCUGAUGUAGAUUACAUUAGCCACAUUGAAUAAAAUCUCAAUCACCAUCUUUAUGCAUCUAAUUUAUUUUGUAGUAAGAAAUUAAAUUCCAAAAAGAGCCUCGGUUAGCGCAUAGUCUUGCUGCCUCCUAAAUAGAAUAUUAUCUAUAAAAUAUGCAGAUAAACGGAUAAAAACAGGUUUAACUAUAUCCAUCUAUGCAUUUAAUAUGUAGGCACAUUUUGAGUGAAACACUAAACGAGCCCAUUACUGUACUUCAAACCCAUAUAUAUAACAAAGUAUCUACUUCCAACACAUUUGCACAUGCACACCUAUAAUAAGGUUUCUGAUUUCAAGAAAACUCAAUCUGUACAUUUUCUUACAAGUUUCUUUGCAAACAUAUCAUAUUUGCUCUGUAGUAGCUCUAAAAUGACACAAUAUUAAACUUAAAGUCACAACCAUGUCUUCCAGCAAACAUCUGUGAUUGUUGCACGUCAAUGUUACUGGAUGCUUCAGUAUGGCCUCAUGCAGACCCUAAAGUUGGGGUUAAAAUAUUACCUGUUAUGAUAAAACAAUAAUGUAAAUUCAUAAGUUAAAGGUGUGUUGGGCCACUUAUUCUUUGGAAUUUGUUACUAGAUGCUAGCAUAAUUUAUGCUAAUUAUAAGAUUUAAAGGUAAGCAUUAGUGUUUUAAUAAUUGCAUGAAAAAUUAUGAGUCAAAAUGGAGUGCAUGUAUAUGACGGAUUAAAAUAAAAAAUAUAUUUUAAAUGUAUGUAAUUCAUGUAUGUAAUUUAGAUAUUACUGAACACAAGUCUAUACUAUGGAAACAGUUCCAAGGUGCAUUCAUUGGUUUACAGGUUUGUUGGAUUGAGAAGGUUUUACAAUUUUUGUGAAACGUAGGCCAAAAUUCAAUAGUCCUCAUUUACAUUGAAAUUCAAAUUCUUCACACUUAGAUUAUGUGAGUGCACCUUUCUCUGGAUUUAGAUGGGCCCACAACCUAUCUUUACAUUUUGUUAAAGUCUAAUAACACCUUGCCCCAAACCAGCAUCGCCGAAAGUGAAUGUAAACAAAAUGGGGAUUCCAUAUGAGAUGAAAAUGUUUUUGCUAAUGUGCCAAUUGUUGCUGGUAUUUCAUUUCAGUGCCUUAAACCGUCCCUUUAAAUAAAUUAAAUGUCUAUAUGACUUUGUUUAGAAUAUUAAAUUAUGCUGAUCUUGAUUAUGUCUGAUCAGCUACAGUUUUUCUUUCUUUGUUACAAGAAGUUGCCAAUUUCUGCUUUUGGAUUCAAAGGUAGGAAUGAAGUAAGAUUAUGGACAGAAAUAUAUCCUAAUUAUUACAUUCCUUUCAUUCUAAAUUAUCAGCAUGAACAGCUUGCAGCAUGCUAACCACGGGAAUCGUUUACUUUGAUCUAAAAAUUAUAAAACACAUAACAUAAAGUCUGCUUUUGUUUUUCCAAUUUCUUUGCACUCUGGUACGUGGAGCAGUAUGGAAUACUUUAAUUAAUUUUCUUUUGGCCUGAAGACUGCUGCAUGACAAAUUUAUUUUUUUCAUUCUGAUGGUGUUUCAAUGAGUGUCACCAAUAUUAAAAAAGAAAAUUAACUUUAAUAGAAAUUGCCAAUUUCAAUUUUGAUUGUGAUCAAGUAGGAGUUUUUAAAAGCAGGCGUUUGGUUGUCGAGUAUAAAUUGGUGAGCCAGCCACCAUCAAACACUACAGCUCUAAACACGGGGAGAAAGUUUUCAGGUUUUUCUUGAGGAUGAAAAUAUGUCAUUCAGUAGCAAAUAUAUAUUGUUAAAUGAAACUAUUUCCCAUCAAAUAAACAUACUAUACGAUAUGACUUAAAGUGACACUGUAAGCACCAUAACUGCUUCAUCUCAUUGAAGUGGUUAGAGUGCCCUGAGUCCCUUGAUGCUGUCCUUCCAUUCAGCAUUAAAGCAUGUUUAAUCUUACUGAAAAACAAGAGUUCCCAGUAUUCCUUCCCUUCUGUGCCACUUGAGAUGCCUGAACAGCAGUGGGCAGCUGUGAUUGGCUGAGAAUGUCCGCACUCAGUCUGUUACAGUGUCAUUGCAGGUAUGAGUUGGCUACUUUGAGCUGUGUAAUCUCUGCCUAAUUAAUACCUCCAGUGGGGGUGGCACUGUGGAAAGCCAGGAAGCAUCAUCCAGUGUUAAACUGCUCAAAAAUGGAGUGGAGGGAUAAUGACGGGGGACUCCCGGCACUAUAACCAGUUGAACAGUUAUAAUGCCUACAGAGUCUGUUUAACUGAUGACUGUAUAAACCACCAGCCCAGUAAUCUUCAUGUCAUCAAUUUCUGGUUCGUAGCAAAGAUUCCAAAUAUGUAAGGAAUUACUCCUGUGCACAUUUUCCAUAGAAUUGUUUCAUUUGGCAACAUAUUAGAACAAAAGUAGUGAUCUAAACGUAAAGAAAUAUCACUUGCCAUAUUUUUUUACCACCGAGAUAAGAGAUAUGAUGGAAAAUGUAUAGCUACAUUUAAAUAAUGAUCCCGAAUUUUAUGAUCAUGUUUAGAUCAAUUCCAUAUAAACUUGCACAUAUUUUUAUCAUCAACAUCUACCUGAUCAAACUUUUUUCUUCUUGGGAUUUCCAUCCACUGUACUAAUUGAUUAGCCGUAAUGCUGUUUAUGAAGUGAUUUCCUGCCGUGUAAACAUAAUGAAAUGGGAGUUCGUGUAAAGUUCUUUAUAAAAUGUAUUUAUUUUACAUUUUAUAUUUUUUUCCUUGACAUUGCUUUUAUGAUUUCAUUAUGUGGGAAUGUAAUCAUAUUUUCUACAUUUGCCAAUAUUUACACUAACAAUGUUAUUUUAUUUCUGAAACGCAGGUCUUUGUCCUUUACACUAAUUUCUUUUAACCAGUUUUUCUGUUUUUUAUAUAGUUAAAACACUGACAUAUUUUUUAUAAUUGUUUUGCAUAACUUGCAAGCAUGGUGAAAGUUUCUAUAGGAAUCAGUCUGAAUAGUUACCAAAUGUAUUUUAUACAACUGCAUUAUGUAGGUUACAUUAUCUAACUGUGUAUCUCCAGUUGUCGAUGGUCUGUGCUUUCUAGAAAGAUAAUGUAGACAAUGAUAAACAAAGAAUUUUGGCAAAUUGUAACACUUGAAGGGGGUCUAAACCUGGAUUUUCUUUGCUCUAUUAAUCAAAUUUAACAUCACUAUAAAAUAGUUUUGAGACUUUGUCUCAUGGUUUUAGGUGUUUCAUUGAUAUAAUGAAGAAAUUGCUAAUGUUAUGUCUUAUAUACAUGAGUAGGUUUAACAACCAAUAAUUUCCCCAUGUCGUGUUAUUAUCACAAUACUUCCUUAAACACUACCAGGGUUACUUACUAAAGUCUGAAUGACUCUGUAAUGAAUGGGGCAAAACCAUUUAGCUGCAAAUUGGGCCACUAAGACUGCAAAAUCUGGACAUUUUUCAUAGAAUUGAACAAUAUUAGGAUUUUGCAAAAUGAGCCUACAUUUUUCGGUAUUUCAGCUGGUGAGUGCUACUAAUUAAAUUUGCUAAACUCAGUGUGCGUUUCCCAACUCCCAAAAGCUCUUAAUAUUAUAAUACCUGGAGGGACCUAGCACAGCAGAAGGGACCUAAUCAUCAAUUGGUCCACUUCCUCCACACCUAUGUGCUUCUGGUAGAGUGGUAUUUAAUGUGAUAAGGGGAGUGCACGUGUUAUGGUCCACCAAAACCACAACCCUAAGUUAGGGUCAAUCGCUCCCACACAAACUGGCUAGGGUUCCCCAAGCCCCUAACCACCCACUCCAACAAAAAAUGCACUACCUGCCCCUCACCCUAAUAAUAGUGAGGGGCAGCAAUAAAUAUAAUACCUUUAAGAGAAAUAAAUUAUGCUUACUUUUUAAAGUCUUUAUACUUAACUUCAGUACGUAAAAAGCCCCACCCCCCAAAAAAAAAAAAUUAUAUCCCAACCAUACUAAUGAAAGUAAAAAGAGGGACCACAUCGCAAAAAUAAAGACAAAAAAAAAAAAAAAAAAGUAAUCGAGAAAGAUUAGGUUUCAAGGCAGGAAAUGCCUUUAUAAAGACUUUCCUAUGCUUUGUAAUCUAAGUAGACCACUCUAAUUGGUUGGUUUGUAAGUCUGAAGACCACUCUAAUUGGUUGGUUUGUAAGUCUGAAGUCAAUCUGAUACCCAUGAGUUGGAAGAUAGACAAUAGUAUGCCUACCACCCAUUGAUUAUUGACUAGUUCCCACCCACUUUGGGGGACAUUAGGUUUCUCCACCCCGUGUUAUAAUAUUAAUAGCUCCUACCCACCGGCUAUGGAUAGGGGCUGAGGCGACACUAGAUACCCCCAUUUAAAAAGUAACCCACACCUGCUGACCAUGGGUUAAAGAUGGGUAAAAGAUUAGGAUGUCCUGUCCAUUUUUAUUUUUAUUUUAUAGCCCACCACCUGCUGACCACAGGUUAUUUAUUUAAUAAUUUACUUAUCUACCGUUUUUAAUGUGGUGGCUGACUAGAAACUGCUGGCCAUCAACCACAUAAUUAACACAUGCAAUGACGUAUUUGUCCACUGGCUGCUAGCUCUGCCAGCGGGUAACUUGUAUUUGAAAUAAUAAUUUGCUUGCAAAAAGCAAGUGAUGAUAAAUGAUAAUUUGCAAACGUGCAUCCUGCUCAAAGCCUGCUCAGUGCCAAAUGAGUUUAUUAUCAAGGCUUUGCACAAAUUUCAAAUUCUAUACUCUGUAUAGGAUUCAGAUGAAAAAAACCCCACUGAUUUUAAAUCGGAGACUGAACAUUUCCCACCGAAUGACACAGAUUAGGCUGAAUCAACCGAAUUCCACCUAAAACUGGCAUUAGUUAAUACGAGUACUGCCAUUCCAGUUGGAAUUUUGCAAUUUUCUCAGAAUUGUGUCCUUUAGGACAAAAUUAGGUGUUUAGUGAAUAACCCUAUAACACUUUUCAAUUACUGGGUUAGGUUCGCCCAGAUAAAGCAUGGAUUAAUUUAUAGAAAUAUUAAUUAAUAUUAUUAUCACCUCAGUGUAUUCAUUUUGUACAUGCUUACACAACGUUUACCAGAUAACAUCUCCGUAUUCAUUGCAUUUUUUAGUCUAUAUCAGUGAACUAAACUGUAAGUAAUUGGGAAUUUAAAUGGACACUAUAUAGUCACCAGAACCACUACAGCUUAAUGUAGUGAUUCUGGUGUCUAUAGCAUAUCUCUGCAGUCUUAGCACUGUAAACAGUGCCUUUUCACGGAAAAGGCACUGUUUAAAUUGUUGCCCAGUAACUCCUUUAGUGAUAGUCUCUCAGACAGCCACUAGAGGUGCUUCCUGGGUCAGUGCUCUACACUGUGCAGCACUGGCAUUCAGCGUCUCCAUGGAGGAAACUUUGGACACUCCCCAUAGAGAUCCAUUCAUUCAAUACAAAAUCAAAACCAAAAUGCCCACAUUGAAAAUACGGGUGACUAUAUUAGGUGACCCUGUUAGAAUUUUAAUUAAUCUAUUUGUUAUUGUCAUUAUGGACCACUGACCGAUAACAAUAUAAAAGAGUAUAUAAAGUGAUAGCUGCGAUUGAUAUCGGAAACUUAGUACAAUAACCUAUCUCGGACUUAUGAACUGUAACAUCGAAAAUAAGGAUUGGUUUAGACAAAAUAUUAUAUGUGGUUUAUCUAAAGUGGUAAAAACUAGACCUACUGGUUAAAAAUCAUGUUACAACAGUACCUAAAUUAUCCCCUUAAGGACACAACUUGUGCAAUAAAAGGGAAUCAUGACGGAAUAUUUCCGUCAUGUGUCCCUAAAGGGGUUAAACCAUAAAACUGAAAAAUUCUACAAACAAACUGAGUAAUGUUUUUUAUUGUAAGUAUUAUUAAACAAGAGGACGGCUCUUCCCUUGAAAUAGAAACAUGCAUACGUGGAAUGGGCAUUUUUUUGGCCAGUCGUCUGUUGUUCGAUUUUAAGUCUUCUCAACCAGAUACAGCCUUUCAGUCCAACAACAGCAACCCGGCCACCGGAUGAUCACGCCUCUAUGAUGUUACAAAAUGUCAGCUUGUUUAAUGAUGUAUGAACAAUUUAAUAAAAAAGUAACAAUGUAUUACUGUGGACUCCAGGUGGUGCCAUAUCUAACUUGUAUGCUAUGUUGAUUGCCCGUUUCAAGAUGUUUCCGGAAGUUAAAGAAAAAGGAAUGGCAGCAAUUCCCAGACUGAUUGCCUUCGCAUCAGAGCAUGUAUGUCAUCUAUUUUAUUUUAUUCUUACCUUAUAGCCUAUUACCUUUCUAAACAAAUACACAACAUUUGUAAUGGGUAAGCAAUUGUUCAUACUCUGCUUAAAUUACACCGGCCAAUUAGUCUUUAUUGUGUUAAACAUGAUCUUUGUGGAGUCAGACUUGUAAAUUAUUAAUGGAUAAGAUAACCUGCUUUGUCCCUUUGAAGGGUUGCUCCAAGGACCAUGACCACUUUAUUGAUUUGAAUUAGUCAUGGUGCCGAGAGUGGCUUUGAAAUCCUGCACAUUUGGAAAUUAAUCUCACCUUUGGACACAUCAGUCUUGUGCAAAAUUGACAUGUGACACCAGCAACCACAGCACGCUGGCGCCAGACAGCCAAUGGUUGCAUGUGACCCUCAGUACCGCCCCUGUCCUCCCUUCAGUCCACCCUCCCUGAGUGCCUCCCCCUCUAGCAAUGGGGAGUGACAUUAGGCAAGGAGGAUAAGACUUAGGGGGAAACUGGCCUCAGCAAUAGUAAAGAGGUAACUUAUGAGCAUUAUACGAAUAUAAAAUUUUAUCCAGCACUCCUUCCGUAGAGAUAGAAAGUCUCCUUUUUUCCCAGCAUAUGAACCAGCAAUGUCUUGACUAAGUUGUGAUCUUUAUUAAGAUCAAUUAAAACCGCAGGUUGCUUGAAAACAUCUGUCUGAUAAAGGGGACUUUCAAUAAUUCUACUCCACGGGGCAGCUAUGUACAUUCUUGGCCAGUUGGCCUGUUACAGCAGGACGUCGAUGGUGAAGAUUGCUGUAGAUUCCAAAUAUCUGAAUGUUUAAUAAAUACUGGCCAUUACAGAGAGAGAACCAGUAGAAUUCUAGUAAAAUUACAAAUUGCUUGCAAAAUACAUAAUAAUAAUAACCCAAUAAACAAAUUACAUCUAGGUUUCCGCAUUUAUAUCAACAUUGUAGCUCUUUGUCGGUUUGUAACUUCAAUAUUACGAACCUGACUAUUUCCUGACAUUAAGGGAGAGUCGUUUCCUAUUACACAGUGAAAUUGACCUAUUUGGAAAGUGGAGUUCUUUCUUAUCGUAAAUCAAAGUGAGAUUGACACUUAAAAAAGUACAUUUUCAACAGAAUGGUGGCUGAACCAAAAGUCUAAAUGCACUCAUAAUCACGGUGUUCUUGCAGUACCAAAGAACAGUGCCUCUGUGCUGACCUCAAUUGCUACAUUUCCACUUGAUUAGCCUGAAACAUUCAGUCUCUUUCCGGAUUAUGCAAAUUCUAAAUUAGACCAAUUACUUCUAGCCGUCAGUGAAGAGGUUAGAUUGAGAGUACGCAAGUUCACUAAUGUAUGAUGAUAAUUUCGACAUCCCUAUCCCAGUGGCACAUAUAUCAAGCUAACAUUGAGUACUAUUUCUGGGAAAGGCACGGUCCUAUAUAAAGAAUAAUCACCAUGGAAACCAUUAAAGUAACAAGAUGUCCAGACUUGUUAAAUCUGUCCCUUAGCAUGUAAAUGAUGUUAACCAUUUAUGAAAAUAUAAAAACUACGUAAAAAAUUAAAUUAAGAAGUAUGUUAAAUAUAAUAAGUUGCUAUUAUAAACAGUAAGGUUUCCCACUACAACAUGUUUAAUUAAAGGUUCACCCUAUUUAUUGAAUAGAAAUUUUCACAUUGAUUUUCAAUGGAGGAAGAGAACCCAGGACUAAUUGUCGUCAUCUAGGGGUUUGCAAAGUAACUUUACCGCAAGAUUCUAUUUUUUCAGCUAUUUUUACUUAUUAAUUAUCCUGCCUAAUUAGCUCAAUUAUUGCAAGAGGCAAUUAAAUUGUGUCACUCCUGCUACAUCACCGGUCGUGAAGGGAUUCAUGAUAUUGUAAUAUUUUCCACUGCAACAUUUGCAACAUAUUUCCUGUUUUAAACACUAACGCUUGCUGAAACAAUGCAAUGUCAGCUGCACCCACUUCCUGCUAAGAUGUAGAACGAGAAGUCAAGUGCUAUUAAAAGUGUGACUGGCUGAUCACAGCUUGUGUGGGCAAUUGUACAAUAAACAAGACCCUCUAACAACUUCUUUGACAGAUCAGUCAUUAUUUUUAGAAGAAAAAAGAAAAAUCUUUUAUAGAGUAUUUUAACGGGUGGUAUACAAUAUGCACUGCCUAAUAUUUAUCGAGAAAAAUAUCAGCAGACAAUUGUAACAAUUUUGUAGAACUAUUAGAAAAACAACAUUAUAUUAACCGCAAAAAAAAAAAAAUUAUUUGCGGUUAUAUAUGUUUGAAAAUGAAAGCUAAUUUAAGAGUGCCAAGAUGUUUAAAUUCAGGCUAACCAAAAAAUGAUUCUGCAGAUAUCUUCUGACCAUGAAUUCUGCAUUUUUUGUGUUAUAAUUGACUUGUUUUAAAGUGAAACUAUGUAUUAAAAUCAUGCCUAUUUUUAAAAGCAUCAUAAAAGAUUAAAAAAAAAGUAAAACAAACACUAAAAAGUGAAAUGAAAAUACACACCUUCAAAAAUAAUUUUAAUGCACAUUUUAGUAGAACAGUCUGCAUCCCCUUCUUCGUGGGAAAGAUACAUUUAUCCCCUAGACCUGUGUUGGGCAGGAAUUAAUGGGAUACAUAAGCAGUUUACUACCAAGAGCAGUUCCAUUCCUCACAUAUGAUGAGAAGAACUGCUCUGCAUGUUUAUAGCAGUUCUACCACAACUACUGUCAGUUUACACAUUACUCAGCGCACAGUUUAGUAAACUGAACUAUGUGCACACACACAAGUUGAGGAUAACUGGUGCCCCAUGACACGUCGAAUUCAUACCAGAGCCGAUCCUGGGUGAGUGCAGAGCGCUCAGGUGUUCUGUAGAUAGGUGGAGUGUGCAGCACUAGGCUCCAUCCCUUGUGUAGGCUACGCCCCGUGUCACACAGGAAAGGCCGUGAGGGGUCGUGGCCUAAUGAGAGCAGCGGAGCCUAGAGCCGUCUGCAUCCACCUCGGAUGGGCUCUGAUUGAUACCAUCCAACAGAAUUGCACAAAAAAAAAGAUAAUUUUUUUUUUAGGAUUUGAAAUUCAGUUUGAAUUUACUUUGAAUUCCUGACAAUUUGGUUGGCAAAUAAUUCAAUUGUAUGUAACAAAAGUUUACUUUAUGCCCCCCUACAUGGCUUGCCCCUCUUAGUAGUAAAUUCUUUAUCAUAACUGUAUCCAUCACCAUCCUUUUCCUUCGGCCUGAAGAAACAACAGCAGUUCCACUAAGCAAUAAGAAUGUUCCUUUAAAACGCUUACAAUGAAAAGGCUGUCAUAUGGCAAAACCAGCGAUGACAAAAAAAUUUGUAGAGUAAUUUAAUAACAUGUCACUCAUAAGAGACAAUGGCAAUUCUUGUUCAAUCAAUUCACAGUUAAAUACUCUACAGUAGAAUUCUAUUAAAUGCUAUCAAUUGAUACAACCUAUAAUUACAUACGUUCCUUUUCAGAGUCACUUUUCUGUAAAGAAGGGAGCCGCAGCCUUGGGGAUUGGCACUGACAGUGUGAUCCUUAUCAAAUGCGAUGAAAGGUAGGAAAAAAAGCAGAAAGGGUAAUUUAACAUCGAACAAAUUGGGUGUGAGUCAAUCAACCGAUUUAGGUCACAGAGAGACGAGAUACUGAACUGAAUGAACAGUCACAAAAUGUAUUCCUUUAUCGAAAUAUACAACAAAUGAUGGAAUGACCUCAAUUCAUUUUCAACAAAACACUGUGUACAUAAAUGGAUUUAGUGAUGAUGCACAGGGAUAGAUAACAAUACAUCACAGAUAAAGCCUGGACAUCUGCUUACAUUGUCUUUGUCUGUUAUAGCAGUUUAACACUUUUUUUAACUGUGAGUGAUAAAUCGCAAACUUUUUAUUUUCUUUGUGGACUGAGUAAGAGAUUGAGAGACAGAGAGACGGAGCAACAGAUAGUUUCACGGACAACCAGAAAGACAGACAGACAGCUGCGUUGUUUGAGAAAAAGCAGAGGACCCUUUACUGUACAAUUCAACAUAAAGUUACAGCUUGCACUGAUUUUAUUCUAGAAAUGAAGAGUUGAAGAAUGAAUAGUAAUAUAUCAGUGAAUGCCAACAGUGACAGCUAUAACAUGUACGUAGUCAGUCUAGCACAGACGUUAUCCUUUGAAUAUAUUCUUCAUUAACAAGCCUUGGGCACAAUGUCAGGGAUGGUCUGGCUUGGUAUGCAGUUGCCCCAGGGAUGCUCUGAUUUAAAGCAUUUUGGGUCACCAGCAUCUAUUUUUUUAACUUCUAGAACUCAGUAUAGCCAAGAGCAGUUUGUAGGAUAACAUUGCAAUGACACACUAGGAAUGGUUGACUGACUUGCCUUUAGUAAAUAUUUGAGUAAGAGAUAAUUUUCCCAACAUCCUUGUUUUAUACAUUGUAGAGUUCAUUGAAAAAUUGGUGCUACUCAAGCUUAGUUGAUGGAACAAUCAAAAACCAACAGAACAGUGACGAUAGCCUUUUGUUGAACUCAAGGCUUUGUGUCUAGAGAAUCAUUUGCAAUAAAUAACACUUUGAAAGGAAUAAACAAUUUAUAGUUAUUUGUGUUGAUUAAGCCCUCCAUAGACAUAACAAGUAGUAGAAAUAAAUAUAUAAAAAUAAUAAAAAUAAUGGAAAAGCAUUCUUGUGCAAUAUUGGAUGGCAACAUGACGGAGAACAUGUUAGAUUGUUUAAAUGUCCAUGAACCAGAUUGGUUUACAAAUGUAUAAUACAAUAAUAGGAUUGAUCAUUAUGCGGAUAUGUAUGUUUAUCCUAUAAAACAGAGUAUAUAAAUGAUCGUUCUAGCAAUGUACAUGUAAAAUAUAUUUAAAGCAAUAUUCUACUUUAAUAUGUGUGUGGGUUUAAUGGAAUGUGGGUUUAAUCUAAAUCUAGUUUAUAUUUCUUGUUCAAUUGAGUGUUUUAAUCAAGAUAUUAUAAAAUCAAUUGAAAAAAGAUAAUCAAUUGUUUUUUUUUUUUUAAAUCUGGCAAGCCUCCCUCAGUGUGGAUACACAAGGGACUUUAAAAAGAAUUUGAAAAUACAAAUUAAUAUUUACAUAAAGCAGUGGAUGCAGGUCCACCUAUUCAGUGAAUGAAUACUUCUGGGUACUUUUUCCCACUCGAACGAGUAUGGGGGAAGGGCAAUGGGAUUUUAAUGAUAUGUUUUGUUUUUUUACUUGACGCUAUAACAGUUCACUUUGGCUUCAAAAAUCUGUUCAUUACCUUGUGAUACGUAUACAUCAUACACUAAUGAAAUACAGUGCAUCAAUAAAAUCAGUUAAACAAACAAAAAAAAAGACUAAUUAUUUUUUCCCAACUAAGUAAGUAGACAUAACUUGAGAUUUAUGUGAGAUUUGUGUAUGAAUGAAGAACAAGACCUCAGUGGAGUCAAUUAGCCAAUUUCAGUGAAAACAACUAAAUUACACAGAUUAUGAUAAAAAAAAGAGUUUAUGCGAUCUUUCACUAUGUCAAUUUCUUACUCUGGGAUAUUUACCAUAAUAUUUCUGUUUUAGGGGGAAAAUGAUGCCAACAGACCUUGAACGACGAAUAAUUGAAGUCAAGCAAAAGGUACACUAUUUGUUCUCAAUGCAGAUAAUUAGAUCUGAGCAAACUGUAUAUUAUUCCAGCUAGUCUCAAACUGUCAGAAACAUUUCUUCCUAUGAACUUCGAACCUUUAAACAGACAAUCAGAAUUAAGAGUAAACAAGUCCGUGGAUCAAAUAGAAGUGCAUCCAAAUAUAUAUAUGAUGAGUUUCGGUCUCUGCUUACAGCAAUAUUAACAAUUUUUUUCCAUAAACAUCUCAUUUAUUAGACAAACAUACAAUGCAAGAUAUAAACACCUGGUAUGAAAGUUAGCAACAUUCAGAACGGAAAGAGACAUCUAAGUACAUGAUCCUAUAAACAAUUUAGAAUGUUUACAAACAUAUUAAUAUAAGAUAAACUGACCAAGGUCAGCAUAAUCCAAAUUACAAAAUCAGUAAACAACAUGAAAAGUAAAUCAAGAUAGGACUUUGUAAAGACUAUGUAAAAGGUAAAGUGUCCCAACACAAUACAUCUAUGACAAUAUAGUGAAAUUGAUAGAGGAUAUAUGAAAAAAUGUAAACCGAGUGAUACAAGUGAUUUAAUUCAGUCCAAGAUGACUGUAACAUAAGGGAGCAGUAGAUAGGGAGUUGGGAGGUCUACAAGUCCCAUUAUAAACAGGGAACUAGCACAUCAAGGCAGUAUUGUGGUAUAAGGCAAGGUAUCUUAAAAUUUCAUAGGCUAUGCCCACAACAACAACAACAAAAAACACAACUAUAAAUAUAUGAGGGUCAAGACUGCAGUGUCAGGCAAGAUGGGUGAUGAAGAAUUUGGGUGAAGAUUUGUUAAUGUAAAUGACUGAUUUUUUUCUAAAAAGUUGGUCAAUCCUGAAAUAACAUUAUGGAAAAAAACUGUCAAAGUGGAAUUUCCUUCGUUUCAAUGUCCUGCAAGGAUGGUGGGUCUAUCUACUAGGUUGAAGUUGAGUGGUUGUGGUUUUGCCUUUUCUGUGUGAUUUUUGGCAUCCAGGUGGUGAGCGCACUUGGUUUGCAGCUGAAGUGGUCACCUAGCUACAAGGUUUGGGCAGCUACAAUUGAAAAGUGUCGAGGAGAAUAAAGGUUGACAUAGAUUCUGGCAUUCCAAAGAGUUAUAAAAUAUUUCUUCUACUCCAGUUCUCAAGACCAUCCAUCUUGUAUAUGAACAAGGUAUUGAGUAGUUUAUUCGCAAUUUUUUCGUUUUAUUUGAAUGGAUUUCUUAUAGAGUCAAUUAUGCUCAAUCCCUAAUUUAUCAGAGUUGGCAAUCAAACAGUGGAAAUAAAAUCUGAGAGACUUAUUCUGCCAUCGAGAUGGCUUGAUGUGAUGAGAUAAGGGCAUUCUCUGCCUCCAAGUUCAAAGGCAAGGAGUGAGCAUGAUAUGUAGUAGGUUGAGAUAUAAAGUUUAGACCUUUUAUUAGUUUGAGAUGUUUGGCAAUGGUUAUUUGUCAAUAAACAUAUCCAUUUUGGUUACAGAGAACUAAGAUUGAGUUCCCAUGGUCAUAUAAAUAAAGAUCAAUCAUAUGCAACAGUGUACUAUAACUGAAAAUUCUGGAAGUAGCAUGAGAUCAGAGACCACAUAAUGAGGCAGUAGGACAGGAAAAUAUGGAAUUAGUAGAAGGAAGUGGGAGAAAGAAAAUAUAUUUUUUGGAACAAUUAGGCCAUACUGCAUGGAUGACCGUAAUGGGAGAGAUUGUUUUAUUGUCAGGAAAGGGGCAACAUCAUUUUUAAUCUGGAUGUAUAUGAUGUACACCAAUAGAGUGGUGGUUGGAGAAAGAAGUGUGUGAAAGGAAAUAAAUAAUUAAAUUAUAUCUGCUGCCACUGCUGCCACUGCUGCACACACAAACAAUAAUUCUCACUGUAUACGUACACUGACACACACACACACACAGACAUAGUAUGCUCACACACACUGCUAUACACACAGACAAUAAUUCUGACUGUAUCCAUACACUGACACACACACACUGCUAUACACACAGACAAUUAUUCUCACUGUAUACAUACACUGACACACACACACAGAGACAUAAUACACACACACACACACACACUGCUAUACACACAGACAAUAAUUCUCACUGUAUACAUACACUGACACACACACAGUAUGCACACAAUGACACACACUGCUAUAUAUAGUAUAUACAACACACACUUCUGCACACACACUCAGGCACAGUAUACAUACACUGACAUAUUCACACAAACAUCCAGACACAGUUUACACAUGCUAUUCACACAUAGAAUACACACUGCACACCUGUACUACUCAGAAAUACACACUGCACACAUGCACUACUCAGAAACAGUAUAUACACACACACAUAUACACACUGAUACAAAAAGCAAUACUACAUACACAGUACUUAGUCCAUAGUACACACACAGAUAUACUACAAACACAAGACACAUACGCACUGCAUUCAGGAUGGCAGGCUCCUUAGUCCAGUCUCCACAAACCGCAGUGCAAUCCCUCUAUAUAGCAAAAACAAACUGUAAGUAGGUUUGUUUUUUGUGAUAUAAUGAUUUUCCACUUCCAGUGUAUUUUGUUUCUGUUGUGUCUCUCCCUGUGAUGUUACAUCCUGUGAUGUCACUUAUACAAAAUUAAUUUCAGAAAAUUAGCAUGGCCUGUAUUUUUUUACUUCUAAGAAAGGUGGAAGCCUUAGGACUAGUAGACAAUUCUAUAUCUCCAACAUAUUUUUUUUUUUCCCCAAUCACUUGGGUAUAUCGUUGUACUGUUGCUAUCAUAAUGUUGAAGAGCCUGGUCUACACUGUCAAAUGUCCGUAGGGCAAUGUUAGUUUAAGAACACAAGAUAUUUCUUUUAUUUAGAAUGUAUCUUUUGGUUUAUUAACAGGGAUUUGUUCCAUUCUUUGUGAGUGCUACAGCCGGAACAACUGUAUACGGUGCAUUUGAUCCACUAAUAGCUAUUGCAGAUGUCUGUAAAAAGUAUAAAGUCUGGAUGCAUGUUGAUGUGAGUAUUCUCUUUACUAUAUUAUACGGAACAUUUUUAAUAAUGCAUACUCAGCUAUUAUUUUAUUUGCUCUUUAAAAGGCUGAGACUAAAUGUUUUUAUUCUAGGAUACUACUGCCAUAAUAUUUUUUUUUUUUUAAUGUUUUAUCUGGUUGUGCAAACAAAAAUGCCAUUGGAAAUCAUUAUCGAUGAACAAAGAAAUUAAGGUUCAUGCAGAAAAUAAAAUUUAAAAAAUCGUUGAUUUACAAUUACAAAUCAAUAAUGACAUUUAGUGUAGUAAAUAGAAUACAUUUUGAAGUCAGCAGAAAAAUCCAUGAUAUUUGCUCGCAAAUUGACUUGGUCGACAGGAAUAUUAUCUUGCCAUAAAUGCAACUUCGCACUAGAAAGUGAUUUACACCUUUACCCCCUUAUUGCUGUUAGGAAGUCCCAUGCCCUCCUACACAAAGUGUGCUUAAAUGCCUGCAGGACAGCAUGGAAAGCCUGGCAGAUUUUGAGUGAGCAUCGAUGCCUGGCACUGCCCUUAGUGUGCUGGGGCCAUUUUUAGUGGCCCCUGACUUAUUGAUGAGCUGUUUAGUAGCUCUUUAAAUAGGCAUUUACAUGUCUUCAAAUAGAUUGUGAUCUGAGCUUUGUGCAGGGCUGAAAGUUAGUGUUGCACAGAGCCCUUUAAACAUAUUCAUAAAAUCACAGUUGAGUGAUCGCUCUCAGCUGUGGUUUCUCUGGGCUGCCGGCUGCUUUGGGGAGGCCCUUCAGCACCCGAAUAGGCCCUGGCAGGGUCUCCCAGCCUGUCCCCAGCUGAUUGUGACCAGUAUUGGGCUUUGCCAGCUGCCCAGCACCUAUAGCUACAUAAUUGGCUGGGAAACAAGGCUCCAAUCAUAAUUACACUGAGUGUAAUUAUUAAAAUGACCAGUAGAUGGUGGUAUCAGAUCACCAUCUACUGUGUUAAAUAGUAAAAUUAAUUUUUGCUAUCAGAAUUUAUACUAGCAGUGGGUUACCUUACGGUUAUGGCUGGAGGUAGUGGUGGGGUUAUGGUUAGGGUAGGGUUAGAGUUAGGUUUAUGGGUAAGAGUAGGGUAGGAUUAGAGUUAGUGUUAGGGUAGGGUUAUGGUUAGGGUUAAUGUAGGGCUAGGGUAAAGUAAAGGUUAAUUCUGGGUAUGGGUUAAUGUUCUUUCAUGGUGUAGGGUUGAGGUUAGAGUAGGUAUAUGGAUAUAGUUAGUGUAAGAGUUUUGUAUAGGGUAUGGUAUAGCAUUAGUGUGAGGGUUUGUAGAGGGUUAGCGUUAACUAUUAAAAAUGUGUUUAGAUCCUAAACAUAUUAGGUAUUUAACAAUCAGGACUGCUAUAUGAAUCUAUUUUUAGAUCUUUUUAAUUAGUUGCAUUGGAUGUGUAAAAAUUAUUAUAGGCAAAAACGUGGACAAGAAAAAUCAAAUGUUUUCCCAUUGUAUUCACAUAUAAUGUUGUGCUAUGUAUAUAUAGAAUGUUAAAUGAAAGCCCUUUGUGUGCUUUAAAAAAAAAAAAAAAUAUAUAUAUAUAUAUAUAUAUAUAUAUAUAUAUAUAAUAUGUAUGGGGCCACUUGAAGAGAAACCUUAAAUCACAGUGAAACAAACCUACAGCUCAAAUUCAAGGUUUUGGUUCUAAACAUGGACAAAUGCCUCUGUUGUUAAGGGGUUAAAUUAUAGCACCAAACAGCAACACUGUGUAACUUGCAGUGCCACAAAUUCUGCCCACUGAGACUUUAUUCCUGGUCUCACUAGGAGUAGAAUGUACGUCCUCAUUCCCCCAACCCCACAAAUAACCAUAAAACAGCAAAAACAUUCAGGAAAUAGCAAAUGUCAUUGUGGCUAUUAUGAUUUACUAGAGAAUAAUUUGUCUAAAGUUAUACAAUUUGAUAUAAAGUUACACUUGUGAGCAUAUAGAAUUUUACACGUGAAGUUUUCCUCUACAUCAAAUUUUGGACUAUAGUUUAGUAUUAAGCAUGAACAUAUCUCAGUAUAUAUAUAUAUUAUUUGUGAAAGGGGCAAAUAGCCGUGUAUGGAGUAAGGUUCAAGCGUAGGAUAGUAUAAAGGGAGCAAGUCGGUUGUGGUGUGCCGAGACCGACGAUAGGUCUGUAAAUAAAGAGGGCUCACCAAGGAGUAAGAAAGUAAAGUAAAUGGAAAAAGAAAGUGUUGAAAUGAGGAGUGGGUGGGAGGGUCAUUCUGAUGCUGACCUCAAGCGAUAUGGAGUCAGGUAAGGGGUGUCCCUUAUAUAGGGAGUGAAUUAAUUUAAGCCCCUCCCACAAAUACAGGCCAAAUGGCCUUAAUACAUAUAUUUUAUAUUAUAUGUUGUGCUUAACAGUUUAAAUGAAUAUAUGUGUGGGAAACCAAUCUUUUUUGCAGGCUUCCCCAAACUCCGGCCCUCCAGAUGUUGCUGAACUACAACUCCCAUGAUUCUCAGCCUAUCUAUUUCAUUCAUGGAAUCAUGGGAGUUGUAGUUCAGCAACAUCGGGCCGGAGUUUGAGGUAGCCUGGCUUAUAGCAUAAUGAACACACAUACAAUCUACAGCUCUCAGUCUCAACCCAAUAGAACCUCCCAGACUAUAUGCUACAAUUACAAGCAGUUAGUAAUAGAAAGAAGUACAAAAAAUAUAUUUUAAUUGUAUUAUUAAAAGGAGUAUUUGUUCAGAUAACAUUUCAUUUCAACCUAUUAAUAUUACUCUAAUCCAGUCCAUAAAUAACGCAGGUAUUUAAUCUCUUUUUUUCUUAACAUCGAUUCCCAUUGAUUUGUGUUUUGACGGGAGAUUUAACUAAUAAUUGUCUUAUGUGGUUUUUCAGUCCUUUGCUAUUUAUGUUUUCGAAGUGGUUGCCUGGGUUUACUAAAUUAUAUUAAGUAUUUCAAGAAUGACUAGCUCAUAGAGGGAUACAUUGUAUGUACUGAAAGGAGUGUGGUAGCAUAUAGUCUAUAUACAAUAAGCGUUUGAAAGUUGUUCUGGUAAUUGACAUAUCUUAAGGGUCAGUCUUGGAUAAGAUAUAGCUGUUAUGUGAAGUAAUGUUUUUACCACUGAAAUGUGUAUUUUCCCCUUUACCAGGCAGCAUGGGGCGGUGGACUGCUAAUGUCUAAGAAACACCGAUGGAAAUUAAACGGUGUUGAUAGGUAUGGACCAUAUACAUUUAAAUACGAAACACAUUGUGAUGCAUACAACAUUAGUGGAUAAUUAACACAUGUCCAUUUCGAAAACUAUUUAAAUUACUUCAUGUGACAUUUCACUCAUUUUACAAUUUUCAUUAAGAUUCUGUAUCACUAUAUUCACGUCAGUCCUCAGUUCUCAAAGCAUAUCAUUUAUUUGUCGUUAGUGGGUAAAUAUGAACAGCUACCAGAUAUAAACGAAUAUACAUGAAAAUACUGUAAGACAAUUCUAAAUGUCUUAGGAUAUAAAUUAAAGGACCACUAUAGGCACCCAGACCACUUCAGCUUAAUGAAGUGGUCUGGGUGCCAGGUCCAGCUAGGAUUAACCCUUUCUUCUAUAAACAUAGCAGUUUCAGAGAAUAAGGGUUAAUCCAGCCUCUAGUGGCUGUCUCAUUGAAAGCCGCUAGAGGCGCUUCCGCGCUUCUCACUGUGAUUUUCACAGUGAGAAGAUGCCAGCGUCCAUAGGAAAGCAUUGAGAAUGCUUUCCUAUGGACUGGCUGAAUGUGCGUGCGGCUCAUGCCGUGCAUGCGCAUUCAGCCGAUGACGACGAGAAGGAGGAGGAGAGGAGGAGAGUCCCCCACCCAGGGCUGGAAAAAGAGGUAAAUUUAACCCCUUCCACCCCCUAGAGCCCGGCGGGAGGGGAGCCCUGAGGGUGGGGGGGACCUAGAGACCCUAUAGAGCCAGGUAAACGAGUAUGUUUUCCUGGCACUAUAGUGGUCCUUUAACCCCUUAAGGACAGAUGACAUGUGUGACAUGUCAUGAUUCCCUUUUAUUCCAGAAGUAUGGUCCUUAAGGGGUUAAAAUGACGCUAACGAUAAACAAUCAAUGCCAGUUUGUUUUAUUUAUGAGAGACACCUGCAAGAUUUUGUGGGUCAACAGAACAUUUCAUAAAAAAAAAAAAUCUACAAAAAAUAUAAAAGAUACAUAAUGGUGAAGUAUGUAUUCAUGAAAAUAGCAUCACAGCGAUUCAAAAUAUAUAAUAUUUAGCAUUAUAGUCACAAGGUGAAGUUUUUUAUACCUGAUAUUUGUGGGAAAGAAUAAUUCUGCAAAUGCAGACCUAGGACGGUUGAUUAUGUAUCACACUUACUUCUAUUAAAUGAAAAAGAACGCACGGAAAAAGAAAAAUCCCGAACUCAGACACAAAUUAUCCAUCAUCAUUGCUAUUAUGACCCAAUUUCAAAUAGUUAUCGCCCUACCUCACAUGGAUUAAGGCAUCCAAAUGAGCUGUGUGGAAUUAAGCAGUGCUCACAGUCUCACACAGCUGCUGACAGAGGGGUUUUAGAUAAGACUUUCCAGCAUGUCAAAUUAGGGUGGUGUUUGCCCUUAUUUUAGCAGAACAUAGCUUCUGCUCCUUUCCGAUAUUAAGACAUGUCCCACAUAAAUCAGCUAUCGCACAUGGCUGAGCUACUCUGGUUUGUUUGUGUUUAUAAUGAGUGUAAUUUUCCUGUAUUAUUCGCUGUAAUUACAGCAAUUUUAGGAAGAAAAGAACAGACGCCAUACUGGGUUCUUGGGCGUUUGCUUCUCAGAGAUAAAUGUAACAUAUUAACUGGGGGAGGCAGGGGAGAAAAGUGAAUGGUAAAAAGAGAACCUAUUCCGGGGGAGACCUGUACGUUAUUCGUCCCAUCAUUCAGCGGAUUCCCAAAACGCAUGUGAUUAUCUUUACGAGGUUACAUGUUCAAGUGAUGCAAGCAUUUCCUUAUGUCUCAAAGGCCAUCUUAAACUGUAUAUGACAUCAUUUUAUUUGUUUGUUAUUUUUGUUUUAUAUUGUAUUAUUGUUUGUAGUAUAAAAUGUGCAAUUUAGUAUUCUAUAAUAUCUAUUUAGUGAAUAUGUUGAUUUAGAAAAAAUAUAUAUUUUAUAGCUUUGCAACAUUAAUUUUCUCUUUUAGAGCCAAUUCAGUGACAUGGAACCCACACAAAAUGAUGGGGGUACCCCUCCAAUGUUCUGCGCUGCUGGUCAGAGAGGAGGUACGGUAUAUUUUAUUUUACUCAUUUUGUUUAGUUCUAGUUAUGGCUAACUGCAUUCUAUAUGUAUCCCUAAUAAAAGAAAAUCUGUGUUUUCCAUCAUUGAAUAAUAUCUGUAUUCUAGAAUGUGCAUUCAAUCUAGAAGUGUAUUAGAUGUAGGAUAAUUAGUGUGUGGUAGCCUUCCCUUACCCCUUAGCCUACUGUAUGUAUUACAUUUCUGCUGGGACUAUGAUAAGUUUACCAAUAGAUUUAUCUUUUGUUUGAUUUUUCUUUCUUAGUCUUUCCAUGGUAGCUCCAUGGUUGUCGGUAACUUUUGCCAACAAAUCCCUGCAAAAUGCUACGAAAUACUACGAAAUUUAAUUUCAUUUGCUGAAUGUUUACAUUUCUCCAACAGAAAUUAAGAGGACCCUCUAAGUUCUAUUUUUUAUGAAUACCUGUAAAACACUAUGGUAGAUUCUGGACGGUACCAGUGGAUUCCAGUGAUUGUAGCACGAAGAUGUUAAACAGGAUUGUUGACCAAUUGUAUUUUUUAGCCACAAUUCAAAUUUUAAAAAAUGGCUUGUGUAUUUUCAGUGCUUCAAAGAUUACGGCUCUAAUUUCUUUUGCCUCACAUAUGGUUGAAUGGAUUUCAAGAAAGACAGACAGAUGGAAACACAAUGAAUUAAAAUUGAUGUUACUUUGUUUAUUUCAUUAUUCAGGGAUUGAUGCAGAACUGUAAUCAAAUGCAUGCAUCCUACCUCUUUCAACAAGAUAAGCAUUAUGACCUCUCAUAUGACACCGGAGAUAAAGCUUUGCAGUGUGGACGCCAUGUCGACAUUUUUAAGUUAUGGCUAAUGUGGAGAGCAAAGGUAAUGUGAAAGCAAUUAAUAUAUUGGUGAUCCUCAUAUCGGUACUGGGAAAGACAAUAAAAAAUGAAUCAUUUAAUUGCAGAGCUUGACAUUUUUAACCACUUAAGGAGCACAUGAUGGUCUAUGCUGUCAAACAGUGCAGGGCUUUGAGACGGCAGAGACCAUCAUGCAAUAAGGGUACCAGCAGGGGCUAGAUUAUGGGUAGCAUCAUGGGUUGAAUUAUUGUUAGGAUUAUAGAUUGGAUUCUCGGUUUGGAUUAUGGGAAGAAUUAAGAGUGAGAUUAAAGGUUGCAUUAAGGGGUCGAUUACAGGUUGGAUUAAGAGUUGGAUUAGUGGUUUGAUUAAGGGUUGGAUUAGGGAACUAAUUAGGGUAUGAUUAGGGGAAAAUGUAUGUAUGUGGAUUAUCAUUGUACUAGAGAACGAAAGCAGAAUACAAAUAUUGGGUGUUUGCAGUAGUUUGACAUGUGUGUGCAUUUCCCCCAAGUAAAAUAUGUGUGGAAAAAACAUAAAAAACGACUGAUUUGACCUAGGUUUGUGAUAAAAUGGUUAAACGAAAAGGGUCAAAAUGCUCUUAGUUACAUAGGCUGGGGAUGUACUUUCUACAAAUAUAUACUUUUGUGUAACAGUAUUGGAUUCUGUGACUACUUUUAAAGUUGUUAUCUCAGCCAAAUUAUGCAAAGUUUUUUUCUGUAAAGCCGUAAUUCAGCAGUACUUGUUUUAUAACUUCUAAAAAUUAAUUGAAAUCUUUGCCAUAUUGGGCAUUUUAACAAUAUGGACUAAUUAGUGAAUAUAAUUUGAAUUGGUUUUCUUCAUUUGCACUUGUUGUGUAGAAAUUAUUAAAGGAUCACUAUAAUGUCAGGAAAACAAAUCGGUUUUCCUGACACUAUAGUACUGUGUGGGUGCCCCCACCCUCAGGGUCCCCCUCCCGUGGCACUGAAGGGGUUAAAACCCCUUCAGUUACUCAUCUUAUUCCACCGCCGGGCUCCCUUACCUCUCCUCCCCUGCCGAUGCCAUCUCCCCUGUCCGAGCGCGCAUUCUCUGAAACUGCUAUGUUUACUGCAGGCAGGGUUAACCCUAGAGGGAUCUGGCACCCAGACCACUUAAUUGAGCUGAAGUGGUCUGGGUGACUAUAGUGUCCGUUUAAAUGUGAAACUGAGAUUUUAUUUUUUAAUUUCUCUUUUUUAAUACUUUAUUCCUAUUUAAUAUUGUGUUAUGUAUAUGUAAUGUAUACAUCUAGGGUAUCGAAAGAAAUCAGCUAAUUAACAUCAGAAAUUGACAAUUGGAAACCAUUACAGAAACUGCAUGAGCUUUCAGUUUUAAACAGUAAAUCACAUAAUUUAAGGAAUUUGUAACACUGGAAAAAGGCUAGAAAAUAAUAAUAAUAAUAAUAAUAAUAAUAAUAAUAAUAAUAACAAAGUAUUUAACCAAGAAAGGCACAUUCAGAUUACUCCGGUUUUCAAGUGUGUCCUAGGGAUGUUACCUUAGCCCAACAUCCAGGGGUUGUUACUAUUACCCAAUUUAACGCAUGACUGUGUCAGAGCUAUGCUACAAAAUGUGGAAAAGCUACAUGCAAAUGGGGAAAGAAAUAAAAUACAGUCAGUAAGGCACUGAGUAAAGCGGGGCGUGCACAUACAACAGUGGGCAGGGUAGAAGGGGGCAGGUCUGCACAAUGAAUACGUUUGUCAGUUUGGCAUGCAUGCAUGCCAAGCUAACUGCCAAUCAUGCAGACUGGCCACUAAGGGCGGACCAUGCAGAAAGUGCUGUUACAGUUCUUUACUUCUACUGGUCCUACUACUUUGAGCAUAGAGUAAGUGCCUCUAAUGAUGCACUUGUGCUACACCUUCAGUUCCUAGGUGUUCCCAAAACCAGGAUGGCAGGGAAGAGUCCUGAAAUUGGGAUAGUUAGGAGGCCUGUAUACACUUCAUAGACAGGAUGUUUUAAUGCCAUUGAAAAGUGUGCUAAAUGGAUAUGGUACAUUGAUUAACAGGUAACAAGGUAACAAGUCACAUAACCAUUAGUGAGAUGUUCUUUCAGAAAUUGACAUUAGUCUGGAAGAAUAAGGUCUUCCUAGCUUCUGAGAAGAAUUUAUUAUAUAUUACAAACCUGGAAGGGAUUAUUUUGUCCAUAAUGGAGUCACAGUGAAUUUCCGAGAAAAAUUAUUGCACUUUGAAAGAGAAGGAAAUCCUUGUCAUAGGAGCUUGUUUUGUAAAGCUUUCCAUACACACGAUUAGGUUGUGGUAACCUUUAUACGUGGUUUACAGAAGACAGAUUCCCAGAGGAGUCAGGUAUCUAUAAUACAAAAGGCAAGUAAGGAAAAAUACCAGGACUGAAAAUGGGAAGCUCUUCAUAAGGGUUUCAAUGACACGAAGUGGGAGGUAUGAAUUUUGAGCACGGGUGGGUGGAAUUCAAGUGACAAGUUAGAGAUAUCACUUGUUUCACUGGCAAUGAUCUAAAUUGAUGGUCUUGCCCAGAUUGGAGCAGGGCUGCCCAAAGAAGGAGUGGGUCUGCCUGGUGUGAAUGCAGGUAGCGUUGGCUAACAACCUCCCAUGCUGCCCCAAUGCAGGCAGUCUAUGCAACCUGUGCUGUUGACGCACUCUUUGUAUGUCCCUACUGCCCUAAGCACAGUGCAAGCAAGUAUUAUAAUGCACUAUGCUUGCUUGGGACAGUUCCCUGUUUACCCACAUCUUCAACCAACCAAUAAGAUGGGAUAGAAUCCAGAAAUUGGGAUGGUUCCAGACUGGAUUCAGGGCAUUUGUGGGCUAUGGACCUGAAACAAGAGUCAGAAAAGCCAUGGGCAGGUUGAACACCGUGGAAUGCAAAUUAACAAAUUUGAAAGGUUUGGGGAAGCUACAAGAUUGCCUGAAGAAAAGUCAACUUAUGCACAGCAAAAAGACAGCUGAUGAGUUGAAAACCCUUUGCAAAGAUGAUACUUAAAGGCUUAUUAGGCUGCCACUUGGAUGCUAAGCUAUUGGGAGCAAAUUGAAUUCUGAAUUUAACAGUUUGCAACUAAAUAAGAUGCCAUACAUUAUAUAAUGAUGGACAAACCUUUGGCAAGAAAUGUUUGAGUGGCAACUUCAAUCAUCUUAAUAGAAAAGUUUGUUUGGCAAACUCCAACAGUAGUUGAAGCCUCAGGACACAUGUUUGGUUGCAUAGAAUGUAAUAUUCUCUUUUUAUCAGUGACACACAUUUACAAAUAACACCAUUCUGUUAACAAAUAUGCUAUUCCAGUAAGCGCCCUAACUAAGACAUUAGAGGCAUCUUUGCUAUUUAAUAAAUUUGUAAAAAAAUAAAACUGUUGACUGAAUGCAAUGUUUUAACAUGCGCUGCGGAACAUGUUGGCGCUUUAUAAAUGCCAGUAAUAAAUAAAUAAAUAAACAUUCCGGGGUUGCUGGUGUCAUUAAACCAGGCAUUGAUAACUGCUAUAACUCUGGCUUAUACUUGAAAGCCACAGGAAGUCUUGAUGUUUCUUGCAAUGUAAAACAGGUUUACUAUUUCCCGUUGUGCAAUAUUGUAACAGAAACAGAAAUUAAUGAAAUUAUAUGUUUUUUGGUUUUUUUUAGGGAACAACAGGAUUUGAAGCCCAAAUUGAUAAAUGUCUGGACCUUGCAGAAUACCUCUAUAAUAAAAUAAAGAAUAGGGAAGGUUAUGAAAUGGUGUUUGAUGGAAAGGUAUGUAUUGUAUUUCUCCAUUAGACUUAGAAUGUCUUAUUGAAUCUUUUUUUGUUUUUAUUUUUAUCCCUGCACCCCAAGAUUUUUUUCUUUCCUCUACGUCUAAGAACUUGCUGAGAAAGAUCAUUUUGGGUUCUGGAGGCUUCACUGGAUAAAAUAUUAUGUUUAUAUAUUGGGUUAUACCUAUCUGUGCUCCAUCACCAAAGCCUAAUAAUUUAACUUGCAGUUAAUGUUUGAAGAUGUUUUGAGCAAUUAAGAUGCAACCUUAGGAAUGUUUAAAAAAAACUAACAAAAAAAACCAAACAUGUUAUGCUGCAUCAGCAAUAGUUUACUGAUUAUAAAUUUAUGGACAAGUGUUCAGAUCUGGGCUGCAUUUAAAAGUCUUAAGAGUACCAUACUACCCCAGGACAGGUAAUUGUCAAAUCUUCACUUAUUUUUGGGUGACAAUUGCUUUGGGAUGUGCAUUUUCUGUUCAUGAGAAAAACUUGCCAUUUCAGUUUAACUAAUUUGUUUAGCAACUAUCUCACUAUACAGGGGACAAAACACAAGCAUUAAUUCCAGAUGUAAAUUCAUUGAAUAAUUAACGUUUAACACUUUUACAUUUUAAAUGAUUUACUGUAAUGGUUGUGAGUUUUCACUAGAAUUUAUGUCAUUAUAAUCUUGGAAUUUCGAAAUUAUAUUUAUGGGACAGGUGUUGAAAUAAAUUUCUUUGAACAAUGUGUUACAUCUAAACACUGCUCUGCUAAAAUAUACAGAACAAUAUCUGCUGUAUAUAUAUAUAUAUAUAUAUAUAUAUAUAUACACACACACAUUUUUUUUUUUUAACUUUUAAAUAAGAUACAUAAAAAGCUGGAUUUAUUAAAGCACCUAUUAUUUAUACAUUUCCAUAGCCUCAACAUACAAAUGUUUGCUUCUGGUAUUUACCUCCAAGCAUGAGAAAUAUGGAAGACAAUGAAGAAAGAAUGAGCCGACUAAUUAAGGUAAAAACAAAUCGUUACAAUAACUGUUGUUUAUGUUAAUCAUUGUAUAACUACAAAAUUAUUCAUAUUGUUGGCAUCAGUCACUGAAUGCAGUGAUAUAAAUGACGAUUCUGUACAAUCAAUAGUACUUGUCUUAUUGUAACUCUUAUUAACGUAUCUUAGUGAAAAGACGUUUUGUGGAACGAUGGUAGAGUCUAUCCAUAAAGAUUCAAAAUUGAAUUUGGUUUUAGAGGAAAAUAAGGGUAGGAAAAACAAAUGAGGUUGAUUAAAGACUUGUUUAAAGUUGGCCCACGAUCACACCAUCCAUAAAUGGUUGUAUAAUGAGAAAGUGAUUUCUUAAUUGAAAUUUAGAAAAAGGAUUUUGAAAACCUCUCACUGUUUGUUAACUGCCUGUUCAUUAUUGCUUCUAGUAUCGCUUCAAUAUUGCUAAAAAAAAAAAAAGUCAACUGUCUUGAAGUAUGUCCUAGAAUUGAGCUACCAGAGAGCAAACAAUUGUAAAAAGUUAAAUAAAUAACGCUCCUUAGAAUUUAUGCAACGCAAGGGACAGUUAUGUGAAUGCAAUGUGGUUUGAGGAAUAAAUACUAUUUAGGUGGGACCUCAUGCAUGCUUCUCAUCCUCAUUUUGUUUAUAGUUGAAAAGGGGUUCAUAAAUCAGUAUGGGGAUCCCAAGAUCCCUCUGUGUGACAGCACACGAAGCUCUAUUUUAAGGUCUGGAACACAAUAGCAGCGGAACAGUGGUCCCUUACAAAGACAGUGAACCAUGGAGGUGGAGAGAGGGUAGUUGUGGGUCCAUGAUGGCACGGGUGCUUUAUUAAAAGUUGUAUCCAAGGACAAGGCAGAAAAGCAGCGUUUAAAAUUGGUCUGAAGGUCUGGGCAGAUGGCAGCAUUCAAAGUCAGGAGGAAAGCCAAAUACUGAUAACCAGGGAGACACAUUGACAGAUGCAAGGAUAACGCUGCAAGUCUGAGGCUAAGCUACAGAAAAACCAAGCAGGAGCAAGGAGUGAAAUAUUUUAUGGCUCUUUUAGUAAAUAAAGGACAAUUCUAUCACAUAUUUGUAAAUUUGAUAUAAUACAAUAUAUUGCUUUUGUAAGCCAAAUGUAAUGUUCAGUAUAUUUUGUCAUUGUAUGUGGAUAUUAUUAAGAAAUCUACAAGCAUUUUAUUAAGAGAAUAUCUACUCUUUGCAGAGGUUUUAGAAUUUUAGAUUGAUAGAGCUGUGAUUGUCAGUAAAGAUGAUAAACAUGUGUGAUGCUUUUGUGUAAUGUCUCUUUAAUUUGGAACUCAACUGCAGAAACAAUAAGUUUCACCUCCUUUAUUUUAUUGAAGUGAACAAGGUAGAUUGUAUCUUUAAAUACACAUGCAAGGAAAAAGGCAAUGCUUAUUUGUCAACAGAGAGUUUAAAGAAAAUAAAUACUAUAAUAAUUUUAUAUGACUUGCUUUCCUUGAAAAAAGAUUUACUUAACUUAGAAGCACUCUGGCACUGGAAGGGUUAAUUCACCCAAUGGAGGAAGAGGAAGGAGUCUCUUUUAACAAACUGCAGUUUAGUAGUGAGAGAAGGAAGUCCGUUUGUCCAAGCCGAGGUAUGAGAGAUGAGAAGGUAGAAAUCCGUUUACAAGCCGAGGUCUGGGAGAGGAGAAGGCAGAAUUCCGUUUAUAAGCCGAGGUCUGAGAGAUGAGAAGGUAGAAAUCCGUUUACAACCCGAGGUUUGAGAGAGGAGCCGGUAGCAUCGAGUAGAGCAGCUGAUCUUACUGCCGCACCUGAGUGAAUAAUCCAGCCCUUUGAAUCUGGCGCGGUCUUCCUAAGUAUCGUGGAAAGACCGCGUCAGAAAAAAGGGCGGAGCUAAGCGCCGUGAACCCGGAAGUGGGUUCCGGCGGCAGCAUGACUGUUAGGUAUACCUGACAACAUGUUACGUUACCAACAUAAUCGUUAAUCGUCUGCUCAUUAACACAGGUAUAACAUAGGUAUCAUUAAAAUAAAAAGGAUGGAAAGUAGCCACUUUUUCAAUGUGGGCAUAACAUUUAAAAUAUCCCUGGUCUGAUAGAGCAAUGUGUGCUGCCUACAGCAUCUUUACAUUGGGAAUUGCUGCGUUGAAAGUAUGAAGAGGGAUGCUUCAUGACAUCAUGACUCUAGGACAUGCAGAAUUAGCCUUCUAAUUAACAUACAGUUAGUCACAGUUCCUGCAGCUCAUGCGAGCUACAAAUUAACACAGGGCCUCUGGAUGUAGUAGUAUUUAUUUCUGCAAAACCAUUUAACUUCAAGGCACUGCUGAACUCUCCUCUGUGAAUUUAAUGAUUAUAAGUUACACGCAGACGUCAGUCACAUUAUUCAUGCUGUGUACUAGUUUGACUCAUGAGCAGACAUAUUUGCAUAACCCACCAUUUUUAGUGGGUUGGGGGGUUGGCACGAGGGCUGGAUUAACACGACUCAGAGAAAAAUUAAGAAAUAGUUAAUUAUAGCCGCAUACAGCAAAGCAUUAUCACAGUUUACUGCUCAUCUCUAUGACUAAAUAAAUAUAAAAUAAAACAAAUAUGGGAUCUUAAAGAACCAGCGUUUAUCUUCAGAGUCAAAAAGUGUUCUCACCCCCACCCAAUAGUUAAGUCAAAAAAAGAAUGCACACCAAUAAACCAUAAGAAACCUCUAUCUACAUUUGUUAAAUCACUAAUAAGUAUACAAUACUAGUACAACAGUCAGUGACACAAUACAGGCUACACAUAAUAAACAAUAAUAAAUAUUUACCGCAAUUCACAAGCCUAAUCGGGCAGAAACACGAAUCAAAUAAACAAACCCCCCAACGUUUCGGCUCCUCCUGGUAGCCUUUAUCAAGGGUGUCUGUAUCAAACACUUAUCAAGGAGCCUUUUAUAUAGCUAUACCAACAGCUGAUGGCCAUCAGUAAUAAUGUGAAAGUCCGAGACCGGAAGUGACGUCAUCACCUCCAACCCCGGUUUCACUCACAUAAUUCCAGACAUAAAUGUACAAGACAUCUCACAGUAUAAAGCUCCUGUCUAAACCCCGUAGAUAAUCCCAAACGAACUCCUCCAUAAAUUGUUCAUACACAGUAAAUGAUUGAAAAUAAAUAAGUGAGUGAAAUUGGUACCCACACGCAUGCGCGAACGACACUCACCAAUCCACCAUAUUGCUUAAUGGCAAUCUGCCAUUACUCCAUAAUCUGCCCGCGCAAUUGAUUAGGAAGAGUGCAGAUUUAAAUAAGUAGGCGGAACUAACCUCUGCCUCAAAAAGGGUUAAACCAUGUCUAGUGAGGGUUUAAAAAACGUUUUAUAUGUUCCCAGGACUUCAGAAAUGACCAACUGGAUCUUCACCUUGUGUCUGCAUGUGUGCAUGUGUGUGUGUGUGUCUGUGUAUGUGUGUGUGUCUUUAUCUGUGUGUGUCUGUGUAUGUGUGUGUAUAAUGCAAUACAGGGAGGAGAUCAAGGAAAUGGUUUCUUCCUCAAUCCAAUGUUUUGGGUCCCCUCAAUUCCUCUAGGAUAACAGACAUUCCCUGCUCCACCUAACAUUGGGUGAGGCAACGCUGGAAACCUGAGCCCAGUAUUAUUAUUAUCCAACCUUACAUACAAGGGUAAGAGGAAAAGAUUGCCCUCAACUCCAUUUGCCAGGCCUCUACCAUGUGUUUCUUUUCCUCUACCUCUACUGAAGGUGGUGGAGGAAGAAGAGCAGUUAAUAAAUAUUUUAGAUAAUCUUGGACAGGAGACCAUGUGAACCCAAGAUGCACUGGGUGUGGGAUGAGAGAGCCACUUAACUAUCUCAACAUGGCAGAAGAGAGCUGUUCAGGUUCUGAAAGAUGUCAUUAUUGCUGGUCCGCACGCACAGUCUGCCUGAGAGAGACACAGUCAUUGUGUCUGUAACAGUUGUUCUUAGGGUUCUUGCAUCUGGGCUCUCUGACUCGAGGGUUUCCCCCUGACAAAUGAAUCAUCUUUUUUAAUACAUUAUUAAAAUUUUUUGCAAAAAAACAGGAGUAAAAUGCACACACUAAAAAAGGAGUGAAUACUUCCUGCAGGGUGCUCCAGAAAGGGAGGGUCAAUCCCCGAAGACAUCAAAUGAAAAAAAGAAACAUUCAGACAUAUCUGAGGUUUCUUCCGAAAGGCAGUCUUUAUUUAAAACAAAAAAGUGGAGACAACGUUUUGGCUCUUCUUUGAGCCUUUAUCAAGUCUUGACUUGAUCUUGACUUGAUAAAGGCUCAGAGAGGAGUCGAAACGUUGUCUCCACUUCCUUGUUUCAAAUAAAGACUGAUUUUUAGAAGAAACCUCAGAUGUGCCUGGAUAUUUCUUUUUUUACAUUUAAUGUUAUUGAAAAUGUCAGCAGUCAGGUUUACCUUUAAAAGCCAUCGGUUAAGUGUGCCAGCACUUUAAUACACGACUGUAGUGUUUCUUUAAACGAUUUCACUGAUGAUGCUUAUUCAUUGUUAAUAAUAACGGUAUAUACAUUUGCAGGUUGCACCCGUGAUCAAAGCUAGGAUGAUGGAAUACGGAACAACAAUGGUGAGCUACCAGCCACAGGGUGAUAAAGUAAACUUCUUCCGUAUGGUCAUCUCAAAUCCAGCAGCAACCCAUCAAGACAUUGAUUUUCUGAUUGAUGAAAUUGAACGUCUCGGGCAAGAUUUAUAAAGUAACGAUUCCAAGUCUUUAGAUACAGAUCAGAUUUGUUCAAACUGUGUGAAUGUAUUUGUAGUGUGUUCCAAAGUAAUUCUAUAUUGUGAUGUAAAACUUGAGUAUAGUUUUAUUUGAGAAACACCACUCCUUUACCAUCUUUUCUUUGUACGUUUCUGUUUUACUGGUUGUAUUUGCAAUACUAUAUUCAAACAUCGAGGGACUAUGCCCUCAUAUGUAACAUAUUUCAUGUGUUUAGCAACAAGAAUGCUACAUUAUACGAAUGUGCCAAAUGUUUCAGGAAACUUCAAAGUACACUUCAUGAAACAAUGGGAAAAAGAAGAGAAAUUCUUCUUUAAAAAAGUGAAAACGCAUUGCCUUUUAGAUCAUUAAAAUGAUAUUUCUAUUUGAAAUUUGAUAUAUUUAAAAACCUAUAAUUUUACUAAAGAAUAUAUAUACUACAAAUAUCCUAUUUUGUAAAGUAUAGAUUUUAUUUUAUACAUAUAAUAGGUAUUUCUAAUAGGUAUCAAUGAUUACCAAGAGCUAUUUAACCUUUAAAAGAUACUUGAAAUAUAUCUCGACCUGUACGAUACUGCACUGAAUCUUGUAUGAUCCCCUAAAGGGAUUAAAACAUUCAUAAAUAUGCACUUUCUAUAUAAUUUCCCCAUGACAUCAUUAAAUGCACAGUAAAGAUGCAUUGAUCUCCAAUAAAUGAGCUUUGGUUUCAAUGGGUUUUGUUUUUCAUUUUCUAAGGUGCCACUAGACUCUGGUAAAUUUGAUUUGAUUUUUUUUUUUAAGCCUGUCCAGUUAUUAGACUCUUAGGUCAGAACAAAGACCAGUAACAGAUAGACUAGGACAAUUUGUGAUUUUAGUUUUAUAGUUACUUCUAUCACGUGAUCAUGGUCAAUAAGACAAUAUUCAGCAUGUAAUAGAAGACAAACAACCUCCCCCCCCCUUCAUUGUAAGACAAAAGUUAUAAUAUCAUAAAUCCAAAAAAAUCUAUAACUGCUUCAGCCUCCUCAAGCAAUAUUUAAAUUAUUACUAUUGAAAAGUAUAUAAAGUUAUAUAUUUUAUUUAUAAUACACAUGGUUAAUGGUAGUUAAUAUGUGUAUUUAUGCGUUGGUUUAAAAUGUUUUUAUUACCUCUUGAUUUUUGGAUCAUUUAAGAAUGGUUGAAAAAAGAUAGCCAUACUUGUGUACAUACUAUGUGUACAGUGGCAUACCUUGCUGGUUUAACAUGAAUAUUUGCAUUUUGUUUUACAUGCCAAAAUCACCUUCACAAUGUAGGUCAAUAUUUAUUUAUCCCCAAUAUAUUUUUGUUCCUGUCUUGUUUUAAUAAUAUACACAUAUAAUCAAUGUACUAUUAUUUGUACAUUUUUAUUCUAUGUCUCUCUAUUAAUAAGAUUGUUUCACGCAGAAUUAUAAUUAUGUGUAAGAGUCACAGAUUGUCUUUUACCAUCAUUCUAUGGUACCCUUAAAAAAAAAGAUACUCUUAUUGUCCCACAAUCCCCACCUAACUGAGAAAUACUGCAUUUUUAACAACUGUUCGGUCAAAGCUAGCUACUCUUUUUUUACAUUAAUGUAAUAUGCACAUAAAAAUCAAGAUUAACAUACAUAUACUUAUUACCUAUUCACUUCGAAGCACUUAUUUUUCUGUCUUGAUGAGUGGUUUAUGCUAAUCUAAACUGAGUCAAGAAUGGGCAUUAUGUAUCAUUAUUAUUUGUAUAUAUUCAUUUGUAAUUAGUCCACCGUUUCCAUAAUGCACAAAGCAUGGCCAGGCACCUGAAAAGCUCCUAAUUUCAACUGAUUGCCGUUCAUUUUGUUCUUUAAUCACGUCCUUUGUAAAACUGCACAUACAAAAUGAGACGUGCUUUUUACAUAUUACCCUGAAAUCCUCCAAGUAAGCUGGUGUGUGGUACAAAGUGAUAAGUAAAUAAAUUUAAAAAAGGGAAAAAAAUUUUUUUUAAAAUGUACAGGAAAUUGUAUAACCUUAAUUCAUAUGAUUUACUAGUAUUCCCAGUACUAUGCAGUGCAUUAGAAAACACAAAAAAUUCUACAAAAUAUAAAGGAACAAUUUGUCAUCAGGCUCUUUAGAGAAGAUUAGUAACAACAAAAGAGGUAGCUGCAUAUUUGGAUUAAAGCAACCAGGUUAAUUAUCAAUAAAACACAUCAAUAAAAUGAUUUUUUAAAUUUUUUAUUUUUAAAGCCAUAUCUCCAAAUACACUCUCUCUCUGUAAAUGAAAUUUAAAAUAUCAUUCUCACCGUUGAAGCAUAAUAACUGCAUGCUUAAGCUCUUGGCAAGUGAUCCCCGAAAGCUUGUCUUGUAGAUAUAUAGUAAUCAUUUUAAGUUACUGAGCAACAUUUUAUCUUAAAGUUCUAAAAAGAAUGCAGAGUUAUUAUUUUGUUUACAACAUCCAUGGUGUCGAUCUCAAGUCACAUAAAUGUGAAUUACAAAAAAGAAACAAGUGUCUAUGUAUGUGUUGCUUUUAUUAAAUUUAAUAUUGCUGUCUUGUCACCUCAGAUUGAGGUUGUGUACAGUGUUGCUGUAUAAGCUUGUACAAUAUAUUAUUGAUAUAAUUUGGUUUAGUGCAACUGUAAUUUAUUCAUUGUUGUUACUGUAAGAAAAAAAUAUGUUAUUUUUAGAUCUUAUACCAGUGUUCUUCCUUAAAAUGCUUCUUUUUGCAGAACAACAUAUCAGCAAGAUUAGAAUAAAUAAUCUUUAUUUUACCUUAUUAUUUUAAGGCCUUUGACUGCAGAUUUUAAGAAUAUUCCUGUUUUAUUAAACCAAAUUCAUUACUAACCUUCUUGUGAGGUGAACUAUAAAUGAAUAUUAUAUGAGACAAUAGUUCAAAUGGUAAUUUUAAUAACAGACUAAAAUAAAUUGUUCACAAUAAUCAUUUUACGUGUCUGAAAGUGUAGUUACGGGUCAGUGUUUAAUAAGAAUUUACUGUUAAUUAAAGAAGAUUAUUUUCAUUCUGUCUAGAGAGAACAACUGCUUCUUUGUACCAAAUAUUCACUUGUGUUUUAUUAUUAGAGUAUUGUAUUUUAUCAAUGUUGUCAAUUUGAGAUGUAAUAAAGCUGUAAAAAAGUAAAAAA